CGGCCACCUACGCGUCAGUGUUUCUUUCUCUGUCGGUUUUCCCGCGUCGCGAUCGCCCGGCGAGUGUUGUCGCGCUCCGCACACUUUUAGUUUUGUUCUCAGUUUCCAUAACGUUAUCGUAAAUUUCGUUGUUUUUUUUUUUCUGUUUGUUCCCGCCGCGAUUUUCUACAUUUUUUUACGGUACGAAAACCGCGGUGACGACCAUUAACCGCGACGUGUACCCACAGCAUACACGCCCGUGGUCUUCGCGUCUCCCGACCGCGGAUAUAGGUACCCAUACACCUACACGUGUCCCGCGAUUUGUUCUGCGUAAGUACAAAGUCUUUAUAAUUAUUAUUAUCGUUUUCGGUCGCCGGACGUUUAAAAUCUCGCCCCGCGGUCGCUGUGACGACGCGCGUUUAGUGGUUUAUUUCGCGUCAGUUUUUUUCGAGAGUAUACCUAGUCGUCAAAUAAUACCAAAACAUCAACAUCCAAUACAACAGAAAUAUUUGUCUUAUGGUUUAGCGGGAUGAAGGACGCGCAAUUAAUAAUCUUGAGAGUUAAAAUCGCGAAUCGAUUGAGAGGCUCGAGAGUAUAGGUGCCCAUGAUAUUUUUAAUGAAACACUCGAGAGCAGAAGGUAUACGGCGCACAUUUAGUGUACCCAACGGGGACGCAUUCGGUUUCAGUAGAUUAUAAUCGGUCCAUAGUCGACAUUUAGUAUUUUCGGAAAACGCUUUAUCGCAGAAAAACGUAUGUUGAUGGACACGCGUGUAUUUCAUCGGAACCGCAUUUCGUGGGAUACGUAUUUUUAUCGGAAAUGAUAAAUGAUAAAAAUUAUGUUAUCAUUAAAUAUAAAUAUAAUUUUGAUUACGACGGUUCCGAGCAGAUUCGUUUCAAUGCAAUACGAUUCAAAUCAAAUACGUUUCCGAUGAAUAAUAAAUGUCCAACAACAUGUAUUUGUCCACCAGGAUACAGUUACCGAGAAAAUAUUUUCCGACAUUUUACGCCUCCGCCCCAACUGAUUACUAAAUGUAUUAUUCACAAUUGGAUUCGUUUUCAAAAAAUCCCAUUAAAAACCGCGCGUUAUGUGCUAAACACGUUUUCCCAUUUUCCGGAACGUGCGAGUUUCUGUUCCGCCUGAAUUAUUCUUGGCGAGAUUUUCAAGGUGCUCUCGCGCACAUAUUUUUUUUUUUUUUAUAAUGUAAUUAGUUAAUAUCAAUCGAAUGCAAUAGAAUACACCGAAAUUCGCGAUACGUGCAAAAUCGACGUUUAGCCUUUUAAGCGCCGGGAAAUGUCUGCGCUACAGACAAAUACCUUAGUCUGCCUACACGUCAAUCCGCGGGUGUCGUCUGCGCGUGACGUUUAUUAUGUUUUUAUGGGUACCGAUAUUGACGAUUGCGUUUAUAUAGAGAACCUGCACAAGUAUAUUGUUAUAUGUCAUGUAAUAUAAAUAUUUUAUAAUUCAAUAAAAAGAUUUUAGGUUCUGAGUUUAGCGAAGAAUGCAUUGGUUUUAAAAAGAUGUAUAUAUAUAUUUUUUUUUCUAUUUUUUUAUACUACUGCACACAAAUUUCACCAGAAAUCUUGUUCCGAAGUAUAGCACCUUUUCUGAAAGGGAAUUUUCCCGGGGGGGUGGUGCUUUACGGUGGUCAUUUUUCGAUUUUCCCAAAUAAACGGGAAAAAAAACGGGGGGCAAACUGGAAAACAAGAUGCAAUGUUGAACAAAUAUAACAUAUUUGUAUAAUGCGUACCAUUGCGAUUAUUUUACUACAAUGUCACACGUACAUCGUUGACAGAGCAACAGUGUAUUUAACCGAACUCCGCCGAGAAUCGUUUUUCGUUAGCCACGGUUAAUCGUCGCCGUACAGAUAUGUACAUUAAACGUCCACUCCACUGCGUUCCCAACUUCUCACCUACGACUACAGUGGCCCACCCACGUGCGGAAUACGUCCGUGUCUUUUGAUUUACAGUUUGUCCGUAACGCGUUCUUUAAAAAUAAAAGUUUUCAAAUUGAAUAAUUCGUUUUUGAUAAAAUAUAGGUUUUAUCUACAUUCAUUAUUGUGUACGGACGUACGGGAAUGCCCAGUAUCCCAUUACCGCGUUGCGUGCAUCCCAUGGACAAAAUAUACUUGAUCGUUUCGUUUGAAAAAAAUAAUCGGUAAUUAUUACGGCGUCAGAGGUUCGCGGGUUAACGGUUCGAAUUGAAAUGCGGAGAAAUUCAACGCGGCGCGUGACGUCACAUCAACGGCUCUAUCAUACCGGUGGUUCGACCGCUCGGGUUCUCGGUUAUAACCGCCGAGAACUUGUCGUUAGCCCCGCACUAUACGAGUGUAUUGUUGUUACUUAUCUGCGGCGGAUUAUACAUAAAUAAUAACGAUCGCGCGCAAUUAUGUCGUUGUUUUAAUAACUCUGAUUAGUAGUAGCGCGUACAGCACAACCGUAAUACAGUUUACCGAUCGUUAAUUAUUAUUGUGAUAGUUGCAUUCAGUGUCGUGCGUAGGAGGGGGGGGAGGUUAGGGGUUAUAUCACCCCCCCCCCACACACACACACCUAUUGCAGGCAUAAAAUACACAUGAAUACGUGUAGUCUAAUGUCGAAACGCAUGUAUUUCAGCCAAGUUCCUGGGAAAAACUCGACAUAGCGAUUAGAAAUUGGCCUUUUUUUCAAGGAUCCGGCUUUUAAAUCACCUACCGAUUUCCACAGUCAUCAAUUUCGGCGGAGAAUACGAGUUUAUGAUUUACUCGUGACUCUUGUGUGCUACGUCCCCUCCUAUCGUUGAUAAUUCCUGGGCACGCUACUGAUUGCAGUGACCGAUUGUACAAUUAUGAAUAUUGUCGCGAUCGAAAAUUCCAGUAGGACGAAUCCCGAUGUUCCGGGGUAAUCGAAACGAUUUUUUUUCUCCGCGCGUGUAGAGACUACUGCAGCAGAGCGGAGUUGGCGGAGAAACUACGUGUACCUAGUGAUGUAAGUUUGUAUAAUAAAAAUGUAUAAUAUAGUAUAUGUAUUAUACACGCUAUAUAGAAUUAUGCAAUGGUGUUAAAUUUGUGUACUAUUUUUAUUUUUCGUUUGGUGAUCAAUCUGUUUGCUUUGUACUUUGUUAACAACUUUUACAUGAGUUUUUCCUUAUCUUUUUUUAAAAUUCGAUAUCAAUAUGAGCAUAUUCAAAUGGAUAACGGUUGAACAAUCAAGUCAAAGUUUUGUAUGUAAUUUCAAAUUCGUAUAUUUUAUAACACAUGAUUUGGAUUUUAUACCGUAUAAAAUGUGUAUAAUACAGUAUAAUAUGAAAAUUGAUUAUAAUAAACUUUAAUACACGUAUAAAUACAGGAUAAAAAAAAAAUACCAUAUUUCUACAUCAUUACGUAUACCUAUAUAAUGCGCCUGCAAUACAACACGAGGAAGAACCGAGGGGCGCCCGCAAGAUCCGGGUAAAAGCGAUCGUAUACAGACGUGCCAACGAGACCGUCGGUUCGGGAUUUAUUGUAGUGCGAUUAACAUAAUAAUAUUUCCGUUGGAAAAAAAAAAACACAACCGAUUAUAAUAUUAAAACGCGCGCUCGUAAUCGAGGGAACGAAAAACAAUCAAGCACAUCGCGGGCCUAUAAAUUAUACGCGGUAAACGUACUGUUUUAACGAAAACUGGAUAAUUAUUUGUCGGUCGAAACGCGUAUCUGCGAGGUCUUAAUUUUUUUUUUUUUUUAGAAAUCGCAUUUAUUCGCGAACGAUCGGCCAAUAACGUUUAUUAUAUCGCCGGGUAUGUUUUCGAAUAAAUUAUUCGAAUCAUAUUACGCGCGCAUUCGAUACAGAGCUGCUGUUUAUUUCACGACGUGUACCUAUAUAUAUAUAUAUAUACCUACAUCGCUCUCUACACGUGUUCACGUGAAACCGACAUUGGAAUCUAUGCACAAAACCGUGUACAACACGCGCAUUUCGCGUUACUUUUCACGUGUUUUCACUACGCCAUUCACGCGAACAACAUUAUAACACGCGGAUAGUGAAUAUGAUAUUGCGUAUUUGCAUAUACUGCACGCACUGUUUUGUGAAAAGGGCGUAUACCUACCACUAAAAAUCGACAAAUACGUUUUUGAUACCAAAAGAAUCCGAAAAAUCAAGAUAAUAAACUGGUAAAAGGGCGUAUUCAAACACGGAAAAUCAAGUAGGUAAUAUCGACUACCUAUAAGAUAUCCAGGCGCCCUUUUCAAAUAUAUAAUUAAAUCAACACCGAUUUGUUAAAAGGGCGUAUAACACAUUCAAUGCAUGUAUACUUUGUCUACAAUUAUGUGUAAUUUUAAUGUUUUGCGUGAUAAACAUCAUUGAAACUGUUUUGUUCCCUGAAAAAAAGUGAAAUUUGAUAGACGCUCUCUUAACAAAACACCGCGCUUACUAUCAGCCCUUCAACGCCCUCUCUCUGUAUUUAAUUCGUCCCUCGAAGAUACAAUAAUAUCUUUCUUGUAAUUUUGUUUGAUUUUCAAGCGUAAGUAACGCAAAAAUUUGGUAACAUUUUUGAUUUAAAAAAAUAGUACUUGGUCUAUUUAAUAUAAUAUACGAACCGUUAGAUGCAGAAAGAACACCAUUUUUCAAAUUUUUUAACUUUUAAAGAAAAACAAAAAUACUCGACAAAAAUUAAACGUUAAUAUAACUAAUAUUACAGUAAUAUCUAUAUAAUAAUUAUAACACAGUAAUUUAUGAAAUACUUUGAAACUCUAGGUGCUCGAGGAGUUUUUCGUCUUUCGUGAAAAAUUAAAACAUUUGAACACGUGACCUUUCUGAAUUUAGCGAUCCGUACGUUUUGUUAAAUGUAUACAUAAACCAUUACAAUAAAAGGUUCGACAUUAUAAUAAUACAAUUUCUGUGUUGAUACAAACGACUCGUAUAAUAUUUAAAUAUUUUUAGUCAAUAAUCAGUAUACAUAUUUUAGAUAUAGAUAUUGAAGUCUAGGGACGUCUUCAGAUCAAUUAUAUGGGGGAGAGGGAAGGCGAAAUUUUAAAACGUUUGAUAAAACCCUAUUUUAGUCGAAAUAAGGGCUUAAGAAUCAUAGAUAAAAAUUUAAAUAAUUAAUUUAUAAAAUAUUGAACAUCAUCAUACGGCACACAGGGAGGAGAUCGCCUCCUUCUUCGGGUACUUGCCCUGUUGCAGUCUCAUUAAUAUUAAGUUUCGUUUUAAUAUGUGGAUAUUUUUAAUAGUUUUCAGAAAUAAUGUGAUUCACUUGAGAUUUUUUUUUAAUCUUAUACACAAAUAGGUUAGAUAGAAAGUAUUUUUUUUUAUCUUUACAAUGUACAUAUAUUUAUAAUCGUUUUAUUUUUUUAUAAUUUGGCUUCAGUUAACUAUAAGUAAGUAAGUAUUUUCAUAUACCCUCGAAUAUGCCCAUCGACCCUUCAAAUUUCGGAACCCAUGUUAAACAUAACAGAAAACUGUUAUAAUAAAUAGAUAUUAGCUAGCCGGCGGAUUUCAAGCAAAUGUCUAUUUAAGUAACAUUAAAAUAUUUCUAAUCAUCGUCGUGUGUUAAUGUCAUAUCAAAUAUCUAGGUUUGAAUUGCUGGUUUCGCGUUUAUUGUAAAACUACUAUGCCGAUGCGUAUUCGUAUGGUUGCGAUCAACGCUGUACUCGGUCAGGUGUAAAUCGUCCCAUUCGGAAAAUACUAUAAUAAUUGUCAUUAUAUAGAUGAUAGUGCGCGUGACACAAGUACUUAUUCGUAUCGACGUGAUGUUUAGUCACCAUUGUUAGAUAAACAUAUCGUUUGGCAUUCCAUUAUCGUGUCCAUGUACAUAUUUGUUGAUGAUAGUUAUAAACUUACAAUAAUUGUACCUACCUGGUGUAGGUGUAUUAUUGAAGUGCACACUGCACAAAUAUUGAACGGUAUAUUCGUUUUUUUUUUUUUUUUUUUUUUAAUUGUCUUUAGUUAUCAUUUCUUAGAUGAGGACUACCGCCCGGAUGAUUCAACGAAGAAAAACCUUUAAAAAGGGACAUGUCCGAAAAUUCUUUAGAUAACUAACGCAGUUCGUCUCCUAAUACUCCCGCUUUUCCCGACCAGUAUGCUGUUUUGACCAAUGGGCUCUUUAAUUCUUAAAAUGGAUUUAAAAUAUAAGUAAACUGUCGGUUUAUUUGUAUAAAUUAUUACAAUAAAAAUAAAAAGGGUAAUAAUUCAAUUUUCGUAAAAGUACCUAUGGAUUUUAAAUUCUUAUUAGUGAUGGUUUUCACAAGGUAUUGGGUAUAAUAAUAUUGUCUAUAAGGGAACGCAAGAGUACGCAUAUACUGUUCUUUUCCCCCGAGCCAAUAAGUAAAGUAGGUACUGAUUAUAAUAAUAAGGUGUGUGUGUGUGCGUACUUAUAAAAGGUUUACCCCUCUGAUUUGUUCGGAUCUAUAUAGUGGCGGAGUUUUCGAACGGGCACUCGUUCGCAGUCGUUUAUAUUUACCGGGUCAUACUCUUGUACAUUUGGGUGACCGGUUUUGCCGGCAGCAGCGCGGCAUUAACAUAAUAUGGAGAGAUGAAAAGAAGUGAAUUGUGCAGCGAUCGCCGGCGGAAUGACAUUUGGCUGCUGAAAAUACUGGUUUUCUGCAAACGAGGCACCGGUCCUCCCGUUUUGGAAGUCCGGCGGUCACGUUAAUGUUCAUAUUAUUAUUAUUAUAUACGCAUACAACAUAUGUAUUAAACGGCCGCAUAUACAUAUUUUUUACAAUUUAUAUAUAAAGUGUAUUUUUUAUUUUAAUCUUUAUAUUCCAGUACGACGUCGUUGUCGGGUUAAAUCGUACACACACACACACACACACACAUACACACACAUAAAUACAUGUACACAUACCGUAUAUUCCUUAAUUCACCGUGAUGACACCGGUGGCAUCGGUGUUGUUCGUUUUGAAAUCCGAAAAUCUCUGACGGCAUCUAAGAUAGCUUUAUCACUCACUUUAUUUACGAGUCGGUUAACGAUAAGAAUGUUUUUAAUGAAGUUUAGUGAAAUAUACGUGACCAGAUAUAAUAUCUAGAAGCUCGCGGGGAUUGUAAUUUAUUUUUUAUAAAAAUAAAUUGAUCUGUCUUCAUAUAUCGUGUAGUACCUGUACUCAUAUAUUAUAAAGAUAUCACUGCUGCAAAGUGCCGAUAAAACUAGGUACUUCCAUCUCCAAAUCGAAUUCCGAAUAUAUCAUGUAUUAUUACUUUUUACAGUUUUUGUGUAUAAUUUAUUUAUUUAUGGAAAUUAUGUACAAGAUAACACUAUAAACGAUGUUCCCUUAGUAUCUCGUGAUGCCAUCAGUGAUGCUACCACUAAUGCUAUCACAGAUAAAUUAAGGAACAUAUUAUACUUACAUACAUACAUACAAACAUAAGUCGGGUAAAGUACGAAAGACUGAUAAUCUAUACAUUAUCCGAGUAAGGUUACACUACCCAUACGGCCAUACCUACUGGAUAAAGUUAUUGACGUUUCGAGGCCGUUGUAUUAGUCGUCAUCGUCUCCCAGUAGUACACAUCAUAUUGCGACCUAUAAGAAACACUACAAACGUGUCGUUUUCGUGAAUCAAAGAGCAUUUCAUUUUUUAUCAUACUUUUAGAAUGUUAUAACAUUUCAGUCAAGAAUUUGUAGUUGGUGUACCCUGCAGUACAUUGCAGUGACGCGAAUGUAGGCAAUAAAUAACUAUAAUUGUUACAAAGUUACAAAAAUGAUUAGUAAGUAAAUAAAAAGCAACUUUGUGACCUUUAAGUGUUACCCAGAACCGAUUUAUAGAGGAUGGGAGAGGAACACCCCACUCACGAAAAAUAUUUCAGUUGGCAAAUUUAAAAUGUUGACAUGAAAGUCGUCUCGAAUCAGUAUUUUAGAAAUUGACAAAUGUCAAUUAUUAUUACAAAUAUUCAAAUCAUUUUACAAUAAUAUGCUCAAUGAAUAAAAUUAUAUUUAUAUCGAGUCUCUAAAAAUAAUUUCACUUCGUGGUAAUAAAAAAUUAGAGCAUUUCAUCACUCACCAAAAAAGUAUUGGUAAUACUAAAAUCUCUUCUUGUAACUUAAUUCGUUAUACUAAAAUCGAUUAAAACGUCCAGUUUUAUUAAUUUUGAAUUUAUUAUUACAUUCACCGCGCGUCAGCGUUUUCUCGAUAUCGUGCAAAUAUAUAGGUAGUAUGCAUGAACACUUUGAGUUUAAAAACUAAAAACAUUCGCUUAUCAUCUGGUUGAUGACUAUUAUGUCGUUAAAUUAUACAGAGUGUAACUAUAUAGUGUAUUCGACGUACUUACGGUAAUAUUACGGGCAUUAGCAUUGUGUUGUCUAAAUAAUGUUACGAGACGUUAUGCGUGAACUACCUUUUUUUUGCCACCGAAACUUUAAUAAUUUAUUUGAUGCGGAUCCAGGCGUAUAUUGGCCCGCCAGGGUAUCGGAAAUUACUCGUUUACUUACUCCUAUUUCCAUAAAUUUCCUUUAAUAAUUGGUUUUACUAAGAUGUUUAUUUUUUCUUUCUUUCUUUUUUUUUCUAGUCAGUGGAUACGUUUUUUUUUCUAGUAAACUUGCUCUGAUUUUUACGUCUAGCAAAAUUUUCGGAAAACUCAAGUUAUCUAGAUGCUACAUUUUUUGAUUUUUGAAGUCAUUUUUUAAAUAAAAACACUUUAGUGGGAAAAAACAUAAGAAAACGUACAAUUUCACGAUUUCAUUAUUUUAAAAAACACGGACGACUUUUCUACCACAAAAAAAUGAUUUAAUCGACAAAUCACAAGAUUCCUAUUUUAUUGUCUUUUUGAUUAACUUUCUUAUGAUAUCAUUUCCAAAACUUUUGAGCUACUUUUGAGCUUUUAAGGAAUUUUAUUUGAUGGGAGUUUUUUUGCUGUAACUCGGUUAUAAAUACACAUAGAGACUUGAAACAUGGUAAUAAUACUUAUAUUAGACUUACCUAGACUUGGUAACAUUUCCAAAAUCAUCAGACAACUUUUUUUUUUUUUAUUAAUAAGCGUUUUGAAAUCAAAUUUAAACGAAAAUCGCAAAAAUUACGUAUUACCGCACUACGCUCGGAAUCGUCUUUUGUCAAGCAAUGGUUUAUCGUUGCUUACAGAUGUAAAUAAAACAACCUUAUCCUACCUUUCCGACGCAGUUCUUAUCAGCUCUUUUUUUUAUUUUUCGUUAUCCGCGUCACGCGCUUAAAGUACAUUUUUUAAUUUUUUUUUUUUAUUAAAAAAGCCCAACCAGUGGGCUUGCCAUUUUGUUUGAAUUGCGUUUUUAAUUCAUAUUUAUUUAUACUUUUUAAUCAGAAAAGAUAAAUAUGUAUUGGUACCUAUUAGUUAAUAUUAUGUCAAAAAAACCCCCCCGAACGUGUUCAUUUUCUUAUUCAAAGUGAAAUCUAUAUCUUUGAAACGCAAGAGAUUUGUAAUUAAUUAUAGUAAAUAAACUAUUAAUAAUUACAUUAACACCUGUAUAUUUUGAUUUCAAUGAUAAUUUUAGGGCAUAUUGAAUUGUAAAUUACCUUUAAAGAUAUAUAAAUUAAAAAUGUACGUUUUUUUUUUUAUCCUAAUAUUAUUGUAUAUACAAUAUGGCAAAAUUUCUAAAUUCAAUAUUUCCUCCCUCGGUAAAAUCCUAAAUACCUACGCUACUGUUAACCAUAUUAGAUUUACAGUGGGCAUUUCGAUUUAAAACCGUAUUGUCAUGAUGUACAUUUAAUAUUUAUAUUAUCAUUAUACAAUAUUAUGUACUUAAACCACUCGAUUAUUGUUUAAUACAUGCAAAUUGCGUAUUGUUUUAGAUUUUCUACGAGCAGGUGCAUUAUAGGUACAUCGAUGACUGUUGAUUUUAUUAUAACCUACUUAAAAUAAUGGCGAAGAAAUGCACAAAAAUAUCCGAUAAUUUCAAAACCAUACUUUCCACCGUAUAGUGUUACCCGUAUAAUAUUAUGUACGGUACCUAUAUGUAUUGUUUCUAUCGUGUUGUGCACAAUAUCAUGUUAUUAUUAGAUAUAGGUACGUUCGCAUUAUUGUGUACCUGCAUAAACGAGUGGCAGAGGUUAUAAUACUGUUUUACCGCAAUGAAAAAUGGCGGAUUUCUUUAAAAAUGGCUUAUGAGGUUGAAAAUCAUAAAAUCAUUAUAAUAUUAAUAUUAAUAGAACUAACUCUCUAAUUGUUUCGAUAACCAAUUAUUAUUCUUAUAUAUAUAUAUUAAAAAAAAAAAAAAACAAUGACUGAUAAUGCUGAUGGGUGUGCCAUUGUUUUUGUAAGGGAGUUCGAAGGGAUCGAGGGUAUAAAUAGAGAAAGUGAAUUAAUUUAUAUCUGUACGCAACAAUAAUAAUUAUUAGUAUUUGGAAAACGAUUCUGAGUGAAUUAUUAUGAGCCGUACUUUUUCCCUCAUUGUCUAGGUGACCCAGAAAUCAACAAAGGUUAUACGCAAAAUUGCUAACAUUUCCCGUUCAUAAAGCGAACCAUAAAUGCACCAACUAUACAGAUCAAAUAUUUCUAUAAGAAAUUUUUUAUAAACUUUUUGAUCGGAGCAACAAAGAAUUUAAAUUGUAUAUUUAUAUAUGUAUUACAUAUGAUAUUAGGUACCUAUAGAGAGAUGUUACCAAUGGGUUUCUUUCUCAACACGACACUCGUAUUAUUUUAAUCAUUCUUUUUUUGUAAAUAUCAAAUUUGCUUAAUUUAAAAAUUGUAUACAGAUUGUGAAUUAUCGAAAUAAUAAUAAUAAUAAUAAUAAAAAAGGUGUAAAAAAUAAAUGUAUUCAAAAUUACCGUGUAGAUUAUCGUUAGUUCGUUUGUUUUCGGUUUUGAUAUCGAAAAUAUCCACCCCAUAUGAUAUUAUUAUGUUUGGCACGAACGUCGCCCGAAAUUGAUUGCGUAUUUUUCCACAAUUAUUUUUGAUUAUAUAAUAUGUUGUAAUUAUUAUUAUACUAUAUACGGUUUCGUGACUCGCCCGCGCUUUUUUUUAAUUACUAUUUCCUCUGACGUGAUCAAACAAACCGACACGCGAUCUCUCUUCGACAAGACCUGCAACAGCUGACGUCGUUGCGCGAUAUCGUAAUAAAUCAUAAUAAUAAAACUUGUUUGACGUAUAUCUCCCGCAUUUUUUAGACGCGGCACUCGACACGAACGUUUUUUACUGUACAAUAAUAAUGAUAAUAAUACUAAUAAUGUGAUAACGAAGUGUGGUACACUCGUACAACAAUAAUGUCCGUUAUUGUGAUAGUUUCUCGAGUGAACCGCGUUUAUAACACAUAUCGAUACAUCGUCUCGGAAUAAAUUAUAGUAAUAUAAUAAAUGCUGUAUCUACGCUAUUGUACCGGAAAUGUUGACAGCGGGAGGGAUUUGUUUACGAAAGAAAUGCUUUUGGACUAUCAUCACGUCUCGAAGAUAAUUCGAAAAGCGUUCGGCUCUGUUAUUAUAAUUUAUAAUAAUGUACAUUUUUAUAAUCGUAUUCUGCUGCGUAACAGACGUAUCCUCGUAUUAAUUAUUUUGAUAUAAUUUAAAAAUAUAUACAUAUCAUAUAGUAAAUCCAGUGGCGUAUUUACGAGAGGGGGGGAGUGGGUGGUUAUUCGGCGUUUCCACGUUUGGAUCCAGAGGCUCGCCGCACUCGAUUCCCAUAAUAAUGGUGGGCUUGGCAUGAGUUGACCGGAUAGAUUUUUUAAAUUGUGUUAUACAUCGUCCUUAAGGUUUUUUUAAGAUUUUAAUUUCCCAUGAAACCAGCUUUUCAUUGUCUUCAUACCAGUAGUUUAAAAGGGAAAAGUUCGAAGGGGAAAUAUAUUUAUCAACAAUUGAGGAGCGUUCCUGAGAAUUAACUUAACUUUAACUUAAAUUUUAGGAAACCGAUCACGAAGACAAAAUUUCCAAAAUGGCUUUUACUCACACACAUUUGUUCAUGCAAAUUUUAUAACAAUAGGGUUUAAAAAUGAACUGCAUCUCCCCACCAAUAUUAUCCUAUGUAUGUGUCUGUUUAAUAUAAAUAAAGUGAAACAGAAUCUAAAUACCUAAAAUCGUAUAGGUAUUAAAGGAUUUAAUUUGAAUAAAACUUAUUUUCAAAAUGUCAUUAAAAAUGUCUCGGAGACAAUAACGAAAAUAGCGUCCAUCUGGGCUUCGGAGACUUAAACGUAAGGAGGUCUAAUAAUUUUACCUUAAAUAAGAAGGGAAACCCCCCGCCCCUUCAUUUAAACCACUGCUCCGUACUUGUCUAUAAUCUUUCUUAUUACGUAUAUAUGUAUGCGUCGUAUACUCGAACUAUAUAUUAUGUUAUUGGUAUCACCUCGAUAUCACCUAAGAUGGUUCUAAUCGUAUACCGCAUUGUACUCGCGCGAAUUCAUAAACGCGUGGAAUACCAGAAGAAAAACGAUUUUUCGAACGAAUUUCGGCCGUUUGCACAUAUAAUGUAUACGUAUAUAUAUAUAUAUAUAUAUAUAUUUCAUGUAUAUACAGCAGGUGAUUCACGGGUCCACAAAACCGUAACUUAUUAUUACUUAUAUUUUAUCCACCUUCCUCUCCACCGCUCCUAUUUUAUGCAGUUUGUUAAGUAGCCGACCAAGGUCUCUUCUCUUCUGGCCGACCGAGUUGCGGCGUUAUCCCGUACGGCGGAUAUUGCGGCGUUCCCUGUAACGAAAGGUCAUGCACGGUUUGCGAACCUUGACAUCCCCCCGAAACAAUAAUAAAUAACACAAUAAUAUUAUAAACGUGUGAAACGGUGUAUAGUUUUUAGUUUUUUACAACGACGACGGCGGCUGCAGGCAUUUCGUCAGGCGUGACACCCCGGCCGUAGGUACCUAACCUAUUAUAAUAUACUCGACUCGUAGACCGAUCCGAAUAUUAUUCGUCGUACCCGUUUUAACGAGACGCUGCGGUGGCAUCGGACGAAAAAAAAAAUCAUAAUAUUAUAUUAAAAAUACAAAAACACCGGUGCGGUUUUAAUUGUUUCCGACACAAGUCGCGUAUAUAAUAAUAAUUUAUGCGUUCGGUAUGCGAUGCGGUUUCUGCCAGGCGAACUAUCGGUUUUUACUCAUUCGUCGCGGUUUUGUACGUUAAUUAUACAGGUAAUAUUAUAUAGGUCCAUAUUUUCGAAUCGUCGUGUGGUUUCCCCCGAGAGAAACUUCAGCACUGUUUUGUAGUUUCGUAAUGUUUCGAGGACUAAAGAAAGCUCGGUUCACACACAACACGUAAACGAGCAAUGGUAUCAAGCCGCCGAGCUACUCGCUUCGAAUUAUGCUUUCCUCAUUGGUUGAAGUGGGUGGACGGAGUCUCUCUCCAGUUAGUUAAGGUAAAAUUAUCCGUUCCCUUUUAGUCUAGUAUGUCUGGAUAUUGUUUAAAAUGUUGUUCAAUUAACAAGAUGUCAAAUAAUUUUUAAACAUUUUAUUAGAAGGAAAAUGUGUACGAAUACGAUACUAUAUACGAGUAUGAUCUUUAUACAAGAUAAUACAAGACAUCACUUAGUAAUUAGUAUUUAUAUUAUGCUGUGUGCAUGAAAUUCACUUAAAAAUCAAUUUCUGCAUAAAGUUAACAUUCAAAUUUAAAAAAAAAAAACUUGUUUCGUAUACACAUAGACAUAAAUGAUACAUAUGGCUUGAGCCCAAUUAUAGGUUUUAAAGUAUACACACUAAGAUUUGAUUAAUUCAAAUGUUAUAGAAAAGGCUUGAGAUGACCUAAAGAGAGUUAAAUAUCCCUUUCGCCUAAUUACGUCUAUGCGUAUACAACUAGUUGGUUAAGAGUUCUUAAACUUAUGAUGUUCGAGGUAUAAUAGUUUUGUAUUUUGUAUUUUUAUUGAACAUUAUAUACUAACAUUAUAUAUUAACAAAUUGUAUUAAUAAUACAUUCUUUACUAAUUCACUUAUACCUACGUAAUCAUAUGUUUUACUUAAAUUUCAUGGAGCAGGCAUGUGUGUAAUAUGAUUUUUUUGGGAAAAGAGAGUUUAUUUUUAAACCCAUUUAAAAUAAUUUUUUUAUGAACAUGAAUAAAUAAAUCGAAUAUGUAUGGGAGAAAACCAUUUUAGAAUGCUUUACUUCUGGAAAUUUAGUUGGGUUUAGUUAGUGCUCAGAAACGUCCCUUGUAGUUUUUCCCGCUUUAAUCACUGGCUUCACAUUUCUAUUCAUUUCUAUUUGACUGGAGCAAGAUGAGUUGCUGAGUAAUAACGCAAGUCACGUGCGUCUAUUUUUUUGACCGUCAGUGUUUUCCCUUAUUCAGAUUAUCACAGACAAGUAGAUAUAACUGUCACGAAAUGUCGCCUCGUCCGUACACUAUUGAAGCGUUGUGAACAUAAUAUUAUGACGAUAUACGAAUAUUAUCUAUAUUAUCCUCGACACUUUUCGUCCUAUAAAUCAGCAAUAUUAUAAUACGCGUACUUUAUAUAAGCAAUUAUAAGUAGCCCCGGGACAAAAUCGAAUAUCGUUUAUUUACUGGCCCCGUGUGAACUCGUCGGUGUCCCACGAUAAUUCGUAAUGUGUCCCGUUAACGUUUUUAUUACCGACUCGAAUGUUAUAUUUUAUCGUUAUCGUUUUCAGUCGCACAAUUAUUACUCACCCGUAAAUACACGGAUAAAUAAUUAGGCGAGUUAGCUAAAAUUUCAUUUAAGAUAUCAUCGCGCACAUUCGCUGGACGUGGAAAAAACAACCGCACAUUGAACGCUUCUGAUUGGGCGGUGUGUCAUGAUAUUAAGACACAUCGUUAUAAAUUAAUAUACGCGUUUCAGCGUUUAUUCCAUGUUCGGGGAACAUUAAUUCAUAAGCAGUAUUAUCUCGCUUGAAUGCCUAUUUCAUUAGCCAUAGUCAUACACGAAUAAAACAUAAACCUGUACUAUUAUUAUCAUUAUUUAAUAAUAAUGAUAAUAAUAGUAGAAUAGAAGGAUACACAUGCGUAGUUUUUGCCGACUAGAUCCGGCGCGACAUUGCGUAAAAAGCUAAAGCGAUAUUUUAAUUGCGACACGGCAUCGUCGACGUCGUCGUCGGGGAGAAAGUGUGCUCUGUUGCGCGCAGACUGAUUUAUUAUAAUUGAUAUAAGUAUUAUCUGUGUCGCGUGCAAAUCAUAGUGUUCAUAUUUGUUCAUAAUAAUAUACACCUUUAUACAAAAAUACGAGUCGAAAACAAUAAUAUUACGUGGCGUCUCGUUUAUACACCAACAAAAUUAUAGAAUCCUAUUAGAUUCUGAGUAUUUGUUCCUUCCCUACAUGUGUUUUAACACAUUGCGUUAGUAAAAAUCUUCCAAAACUUUUACGUCGUAUCCAUUGAUGUGGAUUUUCGCGUUCAAUGGCCGAUACCUAUUUAUAAUUCGAAUCAUUAUUUCCAUAUUAUAGAUUCCCGACAAGUUUACUAAAAAAUGUAAAAAAACCAACGGCAAUAGAUAGCAAUACACCGGUUAUUGGCUAAUUCUAUGACACGCGGAGGUGCGAAAUUUGUCCGUUAUACAAAGAGUGUUGUGUUUUAUUUAGAUUGGUAUAUUUUUAUCUUUUGUUAUGUAGACAAAUGAGAAAUAAGUUAGCCGAGGUAUUUGGUAAUAAAUAAUUGAUUUUAGAUAAAUAUGUUUAAAUCGUUAUUUAUAUAUUUAUUAGAGAUAAAAUAUUUGAUUGAUAUUAAUACGGUUUAAUAAAUAAAAAUUAAUAAGUUAGAUUAUACUAUGAUUAUAGUGAUGAUACAUCACUCACUCUAUAAUCUAAAUACCAAAAAUACCAAAUCUGGUACACUUUUAAUAUUUUUAGUACUUAAUUUUAUGGUAAUGAACAAAAUUAUUUUUUCUUCCUUCUAGAUGAAAAUAGUAUUUGAUUAUUUUUGUUUAGAUAAUUAAAUUGUUAUCAAUUUUUUAUCAUCGUCCGGAUAAUUAUUCUAGAAACUAUUUUUUAUCUUUAUCUAGACAUUAUGAAAUUAAUCUUUACACAACGCUAGCCACUGGUCGUCACGGGUUGACGAUGAUGUGAAAUGUGGCUCCGAUGGUGAUUUAUUUUAAUAAAAUCCGCGCCGAUGAAACAAAAUACUUGUUUAGCCCAAGUGCAGAAAACUUAUCGUCCGUUCGCUGAAAAAUAUAAGUACCGGUGCGGCACCGUGGACGACAAAUUUCUAAAACACGUCUUCUUAAAUCCGUGAUCCGUCCGUAACGCUCUGUUGAUUUACCACGGCACCCAAUUAUUAUAAAAUCCACGUGUAAAACGGGCGUAUACAUUUUUUAAUGUCCGAUCAAUAAUAAUAUGAUCAGUGAUGCGACCUACGACUAGUAUGGAUGUUAGGUCAUGUACGUAAACAAGACUCCUCCGCGAAGACGUUUUGAGGUCAACGGACGACUACGCCGUCGCGUCUUAUUCAAUGUCAAGUGUAUAUGCUCGUUCGCGCCUAUUGAUACGCGGUCGAAAACGAAAGUGUUUCGAAAACGGUAAAAAUAUUGUUAUUUUUUUUUUCAAACGCGAUAUUUAAGAAGCUUUUUCGGUCAUUUUUUGGUCGACUUACAGCGUUUAACUUUAUUCUUCAUUUCUCGCAGCCUUCAGCAAGCCUCUUUAAAUCCACCGUAAAUGUCUAUAUACGCGUAUAUCAUUGCGUUUUUUUUCUAUUGAGAUGUAUAUUAUAAACUCCUUGAUUGAUCUUUCUAGUGAUUUUUGUCCUUCAAUUGCACUUUUUUAUUAAAGUGAGGUGAAAUUUUAUUUUUCUCCGUACCAUAGAAUCUGGUUAUAAUCCAUAUCCCAUCGUCGCCACAUUAUAAUAUUCAUUAUGGUUCUUCUUUUUUCAACUUGUGUUAAACCAUCUCUAUUAGUUUGUUUCCAUUCGUCUCUAACACUGCCUUAAGAAAGUACAUAAUUUAGAGACAAAAAAUGUUGAAGGGACAUUCGUUUGUUUCCUACAAUUUUAUCUCAACAUUUUCUCAUUUUAGAUACUAUUAUUUUCCAAUUAUUGAUUCCAAUAUACUUUUCUAAAUAUGUAACAUUUAAAAUAAUUCCAAAACUCUAAUUAUUUAAAUCAAAGGUUCCUAAACUUUUUAUGGUACGACCCAUUUUGGAAAUAACUCAUUACGUCAUAACUCACGAGUUUAUUAUUAUUAUUAUUAUUGUCGUUCCCUCUCAGCCUUCAUAAAAACAUUUCAGAAAUCAGUGACGUCUAUUACACUUUGUCAUUGGUCUCCAAUCGAGCAUUUUGAUGAUGAAUGUUCCAUAGUGUGCUCAGCACCACAUUCGAAUAGUAUGAUACCAUCUACUUCAUAUCUUCAUUUUCUUUCGUUUUUUCGCGACCUGUAGUCCUUUGCACCUAAUCUGUUAAUUGUUUUCCGUAUACUCCGGCAUAUGAUCUGUGAGUAAUUGAUUUCUUCAAAUAGGUUUGGUAUUGCAAUAAGUCCGUAAUUAAUAGUGACGAUAAAUUACAAUAAAUUUAUUAAAAAAAAAAAUUGUAAAAAACAAUAAUUGGAGAACAAUUAAAUAUUUGUUUUUUUUUUUUUAAAAUGGGAAUCGAAUUUUAGUUUUAUUUUUUUAAAUAAUAGUUCAAGAGUCCAAAAUGGGUCUUCUUGCCACUGUCGGACCUAAUACGGGGACUUAUAGCCGUACUAUGUAUUAUAUUAUCUUUGCGAGUUUAAAUUACCGAGUUAAUGUACCACGCAUACACACGUAUAUUUUGCAGUUAUUGUGCCCGUUGUUGUUUUUAAUAAUAUAAUAGCCGCGGUAUAUCGAGAGUUCGACAAAAUUGUUUCUGUAAUAAUUAUUUCCCGACAUUGUUUCGUUAAUAGCUACCUACCGGCUCUGUAUAUCUAGAAAACGUGUAUCUUUCCCAACGAAUGUUCUCUUGUCAUUGCGUUUUCUGCACGUUCGUCGUAAUUAGCAAUUAGGUGGAUAUACGUAGAUAGGUGGGUAGGUAGUAAUAACGUUUUACCUACUAAAUAAUAGUAUAUGAAAUAUUAUAAUAUAUUGUAGACAGACUGAAAUUUGAAACGUGUUUCCGUAGACUUGGGUAAAACACUUUUUAAAAUAAUAAUAUUCAAAAUAAUUUGAAUUUUUUGAGAAAAACACUCGGAAUAUCUUAGGAAUACACGUUGAAAAAAAUGUAAGGUUGAGUUCGAAUGACUUUAGGAAAUUAUAGAUAUUAUUAUAUGUUAUUGAUUAAUUUUUUUUUUCACAAAGAAAUAAAUAUGUUUAUUAGCGGAAUACAGUGCUGAACAUUUUCUGAAAAAAAUUUUAUUUUGGUAUUCGGAACUAUAGCUGUCCCACUCGGCGUUGUCCACACAAAAAGAAAUACAGUGAACUAAGUGACUAGUUUCUGUAGUAACUAUACCGUUUGUUGUGCAUAUCAUCAUUCGUAUCAACAAUGUAAACCCAAAAAUCAACAAAAACAAUUCGAUUGUCGUACCUAAAAUACCGAUAACUCUAUAUGAGACCGCCCCACCGCCCUUAGAAGGGGUUCCCCGUGUAUUAUAUAUACGAGUAUAUACAGUGACGCUGAACGCUAUGUUAAAGUCAGGCCUUGGUCUGAUUUCUUUUAUACAAAUUAAGUACAGGGCUGCUUCAUUUUAGGCCAAAAUUUGAUUAUCAAACCGAAUGAAUACUCAUUACAGAAAUAAAAACCUAUUCUAACCAUAUUUUAGUUAUAAAAUGGACUGUAUUUAGUUAUUGAAUCCUCCUGAAAUGUAUUUCACCCAACUACAUGUUUACGUCUUCGGUGCCACUGCGAAUAUGUUUAUUGUAUAUAUAAAUCUUCGGGAAGAAAUGAUCUAAAUAAUAGCGAAACUACCGUAUCGAAAUCUGUUUCGUAUUUUAAUGAUAUUAAAACGCACUGCAGACAGACAGAAAUAACGACAUUAUUUAUACUAUUAUUAGAGUUAAUUAAUUCGGAACACUACCGAUGUCUGUGCGUUCGUUGCAUUGUUAAUACUGAAUUUAAUCCGUUUCUUUCCGGAGAGACCGUCAUCACUAUACAACUACACCAUAUCCCACGGUAAUAAUUAAUAUAUUAACACUACUAUUUCCGAUUUCUUUUUAUACUGCAGCAUAUACAACAACAACAAUAAUAAUAUUAAUAAUUAAAGUUUUCGUAUACAAAACCUAUUAAAUCGUAUAGUUCUUGUUUUUCAAUUAAGUAUAAUAUAGUAGUGAUUAUCGAUAACCGCACAGUAUCAAUCGCCGGCAUAAAUGCGUUUUCGUGAAUUAUUAUGAAAUUUAAGUGCGAUUCGAACGUCGUGUUUGUAUUAAUGGUACACCAUAAUAUACAGAACCCGUUCGGAAACCAAUAAACGUGUAAUAACUCUAGCCGAUAUUCCAGUGCGACAAGUCGAGAUACGAACGACCACCUCGCCUAUUUCCUUAGAAUUCGGAAGACAUUUUUUUCAUAAACAAAUAAAACAUUUUUACGAGCAGCGCAGUCAAAUUACCGUGUCACGAUUAAGUAUUAUCGUGUUUAUGGAUGUUUUUUUUUCACUACGAGAAUUUAUGAUUAGUUUUGUUUUUGCAUCUAUUAGUAUAGUACGCCUAUAGAUCGAUCAUCUAUGUAUGUACACAUUGCAAUGAUUGCACACAAGCUGAAACACGAAUAGCUGACCUUUGUCAUAACUUUUGUUCUGUGCAACAUUUUUGAGUUUUUCAUGUCAAUGUAAUGAUCACUAAAGCCUUGCUUUAAACUUUAAGUACCAAACGAUAAUAGCAUUAAACCGGUUUUUCGAUAACUGCAUUAUUCGUCAAAACAAGAAAUUGCCUAUACACACGACUCCUAUAUAAAACAAUCGGUAUCCAAUCCCUAUAAAAUGGCUAUUAUUCUUUUUCAGAAAAUUUAUCUGAUUGACAAUUUACAUUAAAACGCGUAUAUUUUAAUUUGAAAACUUAAGUCAGGUAUAUUCAUAUAGGAUCAAUGGCGUAUAAAAGGAAGGGUUUUGGGGUUCAACCCCCUCCUCGAAAUGUAUGGUUGGUACGGCACUCGUGCGUAUUUAUGAAUCUAUUUGAUCUAAAUAUUAACUAAAACCCAAAAGCUUUAAUAAAUAUUCGACAUUUUAUUAUUAAAAAUUGAUUGUAAAAACAUUGGGCACGAAUUGAACGUUCGCAAAACGAUAAUUUAUAAUUUCCAAUGCCAGUCUCUAAAUUGCCCAAGUCGUCAAUCUAAAUAAUAAAUGGUACUAAUUUCAAAACGAUAUUCUGUCACCACACGAGUGCUAUGAUCACAAGAAUUUAGUCCAUGAUGGUUGAACGGAAAUGUUCGCAAUAUGACGUAAUCCGUAUAUCCAUUGGUCUGGUGGCCGCUCUAUAAUCUCAGGCUCUCCAGUCUCGACAAAUCGCUCCAAAACGUUAAGAGUGCCGCAGAAAUACAGGCGCCGAGCCUGUUUAGAUAUUGUUUUCGCGUUACAUUGCGUACUGCACUGAUCGUCGAAUUAUUGUCACGGGUGUAUAGCUAGUACAGUGCGCAGUUCGUGCUCUGCCCAGUGACAUCCUCGUGUCUUUCUCGGUAGAACUGGGUUAUAUUAUUAUCAUUAUAUUAUUAUUAUUAUUAUUAUUAUUAUUAGGUUCUCCUGCGGGGCUCGUUUGACCCAUAUCGGUCGAAGUUUUUCGUAUAUAUACGCCGAUUCGUGUGCCUCGUGUAUACUCGUAAGUAUAACGUAUUUAAUAUAUAAAUAUACAUAUAUACAUACAUACACGCCACACUGCUUUCUCUCUCACGUUUGCGGUAUACGUGCUGUUUUUUUUUUUUUUUUUUUUUUUAAUAUACUUUAAAAACGUGACUGGACCCCGGCGCGCAGUUGAGCAAUCCGCCACAGCCGGUUACCUAUAAUAUUAUAUGUAUAUAUUCGUAUCCUUAUCUCGCACACGGAUCCCCUUUAUAGGUAUAUAUAUAGGUAUAGGCAGGUACGGUCUUCUCUUACCGCGGCGACGUGUGUGUAUAUGUGGUGUGUGUGUGUGUGUGUGUUGUGUGUGUGGACACCGCCUUGCUAUACAGCCUAUAUUAUAGUCUACCGAGAGAGAUAGAAAAAUGAGAUGGAAAAGGAAAAAAAAAACGAAAAAUAACCGUUGCCUCGGCAUUACACAAACACACACAUACACACACACACUGCACACGGUAUCAUGACCUCUACGAGGUGAACUGAUAUUAGUAUAUUAUGUGUAUACGCACUCUCUCGUUUUGAUGCCGCUGAUGUCGUUGCCGACUCCGGAGCGUAUACGAUCCGUGUGCGUCUCGUAAUUAAUUUUUAUCGGCGGUAGAAACGGCUUUUUUAUGCGACCGCACUCGAUGGGGGGAAACGAAACGGCGUAUAUGUAAUUUUAGUCCACAAAUAAUAUUAUUAUUAUUAUCUCGUGUGUGUGUAUGUGUGUGUGUUUGUGUGAUGUAAUAAUAUAGGGAUGUUUACGUGCGCACACGAGACGUUUACUUCCAGGAUCUCCCGCAGAGACACAUGGUAGUGUAAUAGGUACUCCGGUACUCCGGCCUUAUGUCAGCUGCUUCUAUCUCGUCAUGUAUGAGUUCAUGUGAACUCAACAGAUUACAAUAAUAGCGUGACGAUUUAUCGUAAUAUAUGUAUACUAUACAUAUAGGGUGACAACUUUUAUUUAACAAAUCUGCGAAUAUUCUGCGUGUAUAUCGGUGCGAAGAUUUCGAGUACAUUUGGAUUUUGGAUUUUUCAAUCGGCAUUAUAAACUGUAAUGUAGAACCGUUCAAUGAUCUCAUUUGAAACAUUCAAAUACCGGUCUUUAUUUUGUACACUUCAGUUCAAAAACUGAAUUAUGUUUUUCUACAAUUAAUGUUGAAUGUCGAUGAUAAUAUGCCUACGUCAUAUCAGAUUAUAACCGUUUGAAAUUUAAACCGGGAAAGUAGAGAAGAGUAAAAAUUAGUCGCACGACUAUAUAUUAUUCUGUAUUUUCAAUACGAAAUGUUAUUCGAAAACUAAUAAUAACGUGUUUACGGUGUAAAGAUAAUAUUUUGAAAGUAUAUUAAUAAUACGAUCGUUUUUGUAGAAGAGACCCAGUGGUGCCGAAUCAGUAUUGAAAUGGUCUGGUCGUAUCAGUCCUGACCACCACACGUAUUUAUUUAGGUACACGUAGGAUUAGGACGUGUGGUCACUUCGUCCUCGCCCGUAACUCUUUUCUCCAUCACCAAACGUUUUUUAACAUUUAUACUUGCUAUAUAUUUGCUAUUGAAAAUCGUGUAGUUUAAACUAUUCUACCAUUUUUAUUGCAUAUAUUUAUCGAUUUUCGUGCAUUAUAAAACCAAAUCUUAAGAUUAUGAAAAUAAUGAUUUUAAACUGUUUUGUAAUAAAAACUCAAAUUACGACUGAUACAAGCACAUUAAACAUAUUAUUUGUAGAAUAUGUUAUAAUAUAUACACGGGAGACAAAUUCUAUCCGUUAACCAUUAACCACCAUCACUACUGGACCCACCUCACCACCGCCCCAAAAAUAUGGAAUGUUCUUGAUCAAAUCUGAACCUCUUGUUCGACGCCACUGCAGGAAAAGAAUAAAAUUGAAUCGCCGGUUCGUGCAGAUAUGAGCGAAUCGCUCUGCAGCACCACGGACGCCCGCAGAGACGGCAGGAGAUAUAACGAAAUAAUGACGACUGCGACUACAUAAUAUUCCAUUUGUAUGAAUGAUAUAUGAAUAAAAUGAUUGUAUUAUGGAUUUUCCAACAACCGAAUUAUAUUGACACGGUAGAAGCAUCCGAAAACGGCUGUUCAUAUACUUUACUGCUGCUGGCGGCUGAACAUAAUACGGUCUCGUUAAAUUAGUUCGUAAAGUAAUAAAUAAAACUUAACACGAGCCUAUAUUAUAAUAACGUGACGUGCGCUGUGUGGCCAUCGUCGGGAAAUUUAUCGUUAAAAAUUACGAUAUGGUUUCUCUCCGUUCGUAUAAUAUAUAUAUAUUAUGUAGUUAACGGAUUACGCGCCCGUUUUUUAUCCUCUUCGUUUUCGUUUUGAGCAGUAGGUGCCCAUACUCAUUUGUAACAUUGCAUAUACAUAAUAGGAAUACACUACUCUACUCGUAUUAUAUAUUUUUACGGUGUCGUUGAAAUUGCCGUGCCACGAACAUGGCGUAAACAACGAACACUGCAGGUUAGAGUGGGUUAGGUUUAUAUAGGUUGGUCUUUAUAUUAUUAUAUUACGACGUUAACGAUAAUAGUAUUACCGCGACCCCUCCCCCGCCCCGAGAAUCGAGAUAACGCACAAAUUGCGAUGUUAUUCCGCCCGUGUAUUGGUCGUGGGUCGUGUGUUGUGUAAAGAUAAUAAUGAGAAUAAUAAUAAUAAUAAUAAUAAUACAAAAAAUGGGUUAAAUAUGAGAUUUUAUCGCGUAUAUACUCUGAACGUACGUAAACGUUGAAGAUUUAUUUCUGUUUAUUAUUUCGAAUUCCUAUUGGACUGCAUAUAAACUAUUUUUUUAUUUUACUUUGUUAAACCGUGUAUUUCACCCUAUAUACCCGAAACGUGACCUCUUGGACCACAGAACAAUUUAGGCUGGAACAAUUAGGCAGAACAAUUUUUGGACCAUGCAAAGAUGCUCGAACUGGGGUAUGAAGGAUAAGACUCGAUCGAUAACUCCGGGAUAUUAUUCAACGCCCUAGUAUCAUAAAUUUAACUUCAACGAGGAAAAUUAAAUAGACAGGUUUCCCAUGGAGAAAGUAAGAAUCACAUUAAUAAGGACUGAAAUCGAAAAUAAUCCAACAGAAAAUCUACCACUAAGAAAAUCUCGUUGAAGAUGGGAUGAUUGUAUUGUCAAGGAUGUAGGAGUAAUGAAACUAGUGGGAGUACAAUGAAAAGAAGGGCAGUGGAGGACAGAAAUAUAUAGAGGAGUAUUUUAUUGGUAAGCCGGUCUUAAAAACUGUUACUCCUUAAAAAUAAGAAAAGAGAAAAUUGUGUCCAAUAUAACGAGAAAAUUAAACAAAAAUUCUGUUUAACGUUUACGACUGACUUUGUACCGUGUUAGUCUAUGUGAUACAAUGAGGUUUUGAUUGAUUAUUUUAACUUUAAAGUCUCGAACCUUGAAUUCACAUUAUGUUAUUGUACCGCGUAUAUUCAAAUGACAAAUGCGCAUAAUCCCUGCAGUGAAACUAAACGUGUUUAUAAUACGUAUGCACUACGCAUUUGUUGAUUGUAUUUAAUCUGAUUGAUUUGUCCUCGGUCGUCGACUCGACCCAAAUUUAAUAACCCGUGGUAAACAUCAGUCCUGCAGCUGCUGCUAUGUAAUAUGCAUUACAUACAAUGACAGCAGAACAUGAUAAUAUAUUAUGUUCAUAUGUGCACAAGACGUAUAUCACAAAGACAAUUUUCAUAUUUUAAAUAUAUCAAAUCUUUUUGAUACAUCCUGUAUGGCUGUUUAUUUAUAUACACCGACCAUUUUGUGUUAAAGAAUUAAAUAAAUAAUAUAAGUAUGUUCAACGAGACUGCGCGUCGAAAACAUAUUCCGACGACACUGCUGCAGAUGGUAUCAAAGAUGCGUACUACACGACAGCGAUUUUUCCCGUUAUUCGGUUUUCUUGAUUUAAAUUUGAAACGUAAAAUUAUAUUUGAAAAAUUAUCUUAUCGUAAAAUAAUAGAAGGUGGUUUAAAUUCUGCCACUGUUGAAUGCAAACUUAUCAUUAUCGUUUUCGAUAAUCGCAUUUGCGGUGGUGCUGACCCAGCUUUCACCAGCACCAUCUGAAAACGCGACCGCAAAACCGUGUUUUUGUUGUUUUUUUUCUGUUUUUAAAAUGUCUGCAAUUUGAUUAAUAAUUAAUCCGAUCGGGACAACACGAUCCUUCGUGGUUUGUUCCGAUCUGUUGACGUCCUCUCUAUAGUUUGUACAAUAUAAUAAUAUAUAUUAUGUAUACAACUACUGCGCAUUAUAUGAUGCGAAAAAAAAUGAGAUAUGUAUGGAGCACGGUCGAAAUCUCUAAAUUUAAGCGAAUUUUGUUCAUGAUUUUUGUGAGUUUCGUCAAAAACUCAAAUUAAACUCGAAAAAAAACAGCGUGACAUACGUUAAACUUUCACCCGUUACCGGGAAAAAAAGUACUGUACAGUAAUAUCGAACAAUUAUUUCAUCGAUUCGUUGACUACAUUCGAAAUGAGUUCCCGCAAUAUUAUAAUAUGCAACGUUUGAUUGGAACAAGUCUUCGCCGGUCGAAAAUCCGUUUGCGGACAUCAGAAACAAAAAAACACGCGCAAUUUAGUUAUAAAUCCGCAACGCACAAUUUCCUCGCUCAGCUCAGAAUCUAUAACGUGUCUUCUAAAUCACCACCCGACUUGUUGGAAACAAGUCACACACACACCACACACAUUAUACCCGUAUACUGUUAAAUCUUCGUCGACAGUUUUCGUUAAUUGAAUUAUGUAUGAACUCUGAAUAUAAUACGUAUUAUGUAUAUUAUGUAUAUUAUAGUAAUUCGAGACGUCGUACCGUAUAUAUUAUUGUAUAGUGUAUACACGCAUAUUAUAUGAGAUACGCUCCGUCGUGGUAAUACGAUACCGGACAGAGAAAGCAGGAAACAUCGUUUAUUACAAUAUUAUUUAUAUUUUAUUUUAUAUUAUAUUACGGGCGAUUGGCGCCGAACCGUUUUGUCCGUUAUCUUCGCCGAUAUCCAAUUGUGGUGGGGCGGAUGGACAAGAGGGGGGGGUGGAAAUAAAUACAUAUAAUAAAAAGCUAAAAAAUCUCGUCUAUUCGAUACUGCAACUGGCGUGUGUAUACAAAUCAACCUUGUCGGGACGAAACGCGAAUAAUAUUAUACUUAUAUACAUAUACAUGUAUUUAUUUUCCUACGUUAUAAUAUUGUUUAUAUUUUUUAAAGACCGCAGCCGUGUAAAUACGAUAACAGACUUAUAAAAAAAAAAAAAAAGGAAUAAUAAAAAAGUCUACAUACACCGCCGCCGUUUCCUUUUUUUUUUUUUUUUUUUUUUUCAUAAUACGUCGCAGCAUUUAUAUUUUGAAACGCCCGAUAUGCGCAGUCGUCGGCGGACUCGACGCGGAGUUUCGCAACUUUUCAAUUUGCGGAUAUCGUGACUUGUCCGAGUCGCGGUUAACGCCCCGGGCGGCUAAACGUUAUAAUCAUUUUGGUAUAUAAUACGCUAUACAGGUACUUUAUUACCUAUACAUAAUAUUAUACGGCUAUCGUAAUACUCGCGAAAUGUAUCGUACGACCCACUCGUCGAUAGUAUUAUUAUAAUAUUAUUUGUGCACAAUGAUAUCGUCCUGCAGUCAAAACCCGGAACGUGUAAUUUACUAUUUGAACUGCCGCAAAAACCGUCGCGUCGGUACCCGCGGUGUUACUUUUAUAAUUUUAUCGGCGGCGGCGGAGAAGACGUCGAAAUUUUUAGUUUGUACACGCGAUAAAAAGGCCGCGUAACAUCAUUUAUACGCAAUAAUUAUAAUGUAUACAUCGACUGAAAAAAAAAAAAAAUAAAUACAAAUGGUACUUCGUUUUUUAAAAAUAAUAUCGUCACGACAUGUUCCUUCCGUUUUGUCCCCUGGCAAGUGUCGAAUUCAGCGGCGAUUAACCCAACCAAGAGGGAUCGGAGGGUGCGGUCGCACAACCGGACCCGUUCGCUCGAGGGGGCCCGAAGUAUUACAAUGUUUUUUAAUUAAAAAAUUUAACUGUUUUAAAUUAUUAUUGCUAUUUAAUUGUUAUGUUAUCCAUGUAAUGUUCAUGACUAGGGCUCGGAAGUUUUUACAGUAAAACAUAUCCAAAAUUGCACUUAAAAAAUGAAUUAUUGCUGUAAAAAUACUUGAAAUCGCUAUAAAUUAUUUUAUUUACCAAACAAAUAUAAAAAUAUUUCACGUUUUGAGGAAUUAAUAACUCGUGCAUGGUCUUAUCAAAUAAUAUUUCCACCAAUGCCAUCACAAUCGACAAAACCCGAAAUAACCGCCAAUUAUUAUACUUUUCUGGCAUAUAUUAAUAUCUGGCAAGACGCCUAUAGUUAUUUUGUUUCAGUGGUGUAAGUAUCAAGGACAGGCCUUUUAGAGGUUUCAACUUUUUCAACCCCCUUCCCGAUCAUUUUUACGCUAAAAUUUCGUGUUUUCACAGGAAGUACCGGAUUAUAAAUACAGGGGUAUUACACAUAUAUAUGUAUAUAGAGAUAGACUAAAAUGUAAUGAUGAUGAUAUUACAUCUGAAUUUCGAUUGAAAUAACGUAUGUUCGUUACGAAACACGCAAAUUUGAACGAAAAUUUGUCUCCGUUUGUUCAUAUUUUAUUUCAUGGGUUUGUAGUAUGGCUACAUCCGCCUAUAUCAUCCUAUAUCCGCCAACCCGAACGUGCCUAAUAAUAAAGUCACCCGGUUUUGAGGUACAGAAUUAUAGUUUUUCAUAUAUUAUUUGAAAUGUUGAAUAUCGGGACGUAUAUUAUUUACUGACUAUAUAAUAUGUAUACUCACAUAUUGUGUACACAAAUGCCAUUAAAAAAAAAAAUAUUUAUAUAUAUUUAAGAAGAACAUAAUAUUAUGUUAUAUAUGUUCUGCGCGAUAGAUUGCUUCAGUACUCGAUGGUAUUAAAAAUUCGUAUUUCUGUACAUACACUCUGAUACCGGUAUUGGUACUGAUACUGGUACCUACAUUAGCGUUCGUUUAAUCUUUGAUAAGUACAAACGUAUUGUUUAAACGUUGAUAGCCAACAGCAGCUGCGCACUGUUUGUUUUAGAUUUAUAUAUAUAUAUAUAUAUUUUUUUUUUGGUGAAUCGGUGUAUCCACAAUCGGGGUGGUGUAAACGAAAUCUCCGCACUUAUCGGAAAUAUACGCUCACGUAUCGUACGCUUACGAUCAGCUCACGCUUACUAAUCAUAAUCCGAUUGGUUAGAACAUCUUCACCUUUACCGCCACGUACUUUACAAACUCUUUGCUUGCAGUAGACACUAUUAUCAUCCGUAUAUUAUUAUUGUGUACAUAAACACGUCUCGCGGGAAAAAAAUACCACGCCGACGUCUUGUAGAAUAGUUUAAUUUCGUUGUUUUAUUAUUAUUAUUAUUUGAAAGAGGUGCUUAGUUGUGUAGGUUACGUCGAACUCCGAUUUUCAAAAUUCAAAUCACUAGAAAAAUAGAAACUUUAUUGACAGUCUGAUUAAAUUUUCGUUAUUUUUUAAUCUUUAUUUCUGGCAUUACAUAUACGGAUUAAUAAAAUAUCAGAGCUCAAUGCUACCAGUUAAAAGUUGCAUUCUUCCUAUUUAAAUUUUAAAAUAAAUAAUAUACAUAUAAAUUUAAAUUGGAGUAUUACGAGGUGUGAGAGUUUUUUCGGUGAAGUCAUUUUCGUCAGAAAAACAGCCGUACAGUAUAUCGAACAGUAAAUUAGUAGAAAAGUCUUAUUUAAUUAUGCAGUAGUCAUAGAAAUGUUAAAAAUAAUAUUAAAAUUUAGAAAACCGGCCCUCGAACAGCCUUCUAUAGGUACACAUAUAGUUUAAUAGAUUUUUUUUUUUAAUCAUUUCGAAUCUGUCAUACGUAAACGGAGAUUAAACCGAUAAUGAAACUUCAAAUUAUAUACGUUAUCACGAUAUUGCUUUAUCAAAUUUCGCACCGUCAUUCAUUAGCCUUCACGAUUCGCGUAAUUAUACCUUAAGUAAGGUGUUUUUUUUUUUUUUUUAGAUUUCCAUCUCCGUUUCUCUUUCUUUUGUUCCUUACAAAGCGCGUGAUGUAUUUUGGCUAAAAAUUCUAGUAUAAUUUUUUUAUUUUUGUACAUCAUAUUUAUAUUAUCAAUUAUUAUUAAUUGUAAGUAUAUAUUGUAUAUUGAAAAAUAAUAUUAAUUUUCAAUAAAACCAAAAUAUAACAAUUCCUUAAAGAAAACGAUGUUUAGUAUCAGUACAAUAUUUUGAUCAUCUCGAAAGUCAAACUUUUAAAAGUGAACAUGUGAUGGUUAGCACAGAGUUUUUGAUAUAUUUAAAAUAAAAAUUGAAUUAUUUUUUUUUUCUGAUUCACCAAUUAUUACUUGACGACACGGUUGAAAAAAAGCAGUUAUCAUUAUUUGAAAUUUGAUUUUUACGAGCAAGGAUAAACGACAAACCAUCGGGAAAUAUAACGAUUAACCGCGGAUAGUGGGUGAUAAGGACUUGAAACGAUGUAGACGCGUUAAAUUGAAUUUAUUUUAUGGAUUUUGGCUUUUAAACCAAUUGAUCUUGGGGAAAAUCCGGGUAACUUAACUGUAUAUUCUAUUAAAUGUAUACUUUUAUGAUAAUACGAUAGUUUACAGAAUCGCGAUGUCAAGUUCACGUAAUAUUUAGACGAUUGAACUUCCGUGUCAUCGUCGCGUUGUCGUCUUCUUUUCACGAAAUCACGACGCAUGUUUCCGUCGGCACGACGACAAUAUUAUUAUUAUAAUCUUUACCGGACUCGUUGUGUGUGUGUGUGUGUGUGUGUGUAUGUGUGUGUGUGUUGUUAAUAUUAUACGAACGUUUGUGUUUUUUAAUUGACCGAACGUGACUUCCUCGACGUUUCGGACACGGGUCGUGCGUGCCACCGUCGUCGGGCUCGGCCGUGACAAGCGAAGGCAGCAGCUGUACUUCGGCGGCGAUGGCCAGCGAAAGAGCAGUGACUCGCCGAUCACUAUACAUAGACGUUUAUUUUGUUUGUAUUUUUUUUUUGUUUUUUGUUUUUUAGUUUUUGCGCGGCCACUCGUUCCAGUGACUUUGAGUCACGUGUAUUCUGCGCCUGUAUUAUUAUUACUAUGAUACGCGAGUAUAAAAUAGUAUAUAUGUAUAUAUAUAUAUAUAUAUAUACUAUCGUGAGAAAACUAUGCAAUAUAAUGUAUACAAGUAUACUCCGUCAUCGAAACAUACAACUUAUAAAUAUCGGUACACAUUAAUAAUAUAAUUGAGAGUAUAGUUUACAUUUUAGUGCGGUUAACGCGCGAACCUGCAGCAGCAGUUUGGUGAUAUUGGAGAACAUGGAAUUUUGCGAUUGCGCGGUAAAAAAAAAAAAAAAAAACAAACUAUAACCGAGUAUAAUUUUGAUGUUUUAUGAGUAAAACGAAUGUUUUACGUUUGAUAUUUCGCAGGUGGCUUUUCCGCGGACUAUGCAUAAUACAGUGUAGGCAGUAAAUCGACAAAGGUGGUGGAACAGCAGAGCUGCAACUGCUGCAAGUAACGAAAUAAUUAAUUUUACUCGUUAAAAAUUAUAGAAGUUAAAACUCGGCGAAACAAAAAAAUGUCUUUUGUCGUUACAACAUUGUUGUACUGCGACGUUAGCCAGGACGCCACACCUGUCUCAACUCUCCUUUUUACAAACGCGUAACAAUACCGAAUUAGCGUUCAGUAGAAGAUACACGAGUAUUUUGUACCGUUUAUUUUAAUAAUAUAUUAGAGUGUAAAUCGACCUAUUACCAAAAUUAAAUGUAAAAACAUUAUCUGCGCCCCCGCGUCGGGAUUUUUCCGAUGUAUUAGACUGUUAUGUGACGUGUGAGUGUAUGGUCCGUAAACUAUUACAAUAUUGUAAAAUUGUUUACAUCCAAUAUGUUAUAAUUAUUAUAUUGCACAUUAUAUAAAUAUUAUAACCGCAUACAAUUAAACUACGGAUACAGUAGUCGGUGCGGGCGUGUCGUUCGAUUAAAUCCCGAAGCUGUGCAUUUUGCUGGCGCAUAAUAAUCUAUAGAAAUUUAAAUGCAUUUUUUUAAUGACAUUGUUAUUGUUUUGAUUUUUGAUUUUCGAGAGGUUCCGAAUAAUAUUCUUGUCGGCGCCGCGUCAGGCGCACAUUUUUAUACUACGCAAUGAUGAAAAUAAUAUAAGUCGAGUCAUUCGAUUUUCGACGUGAACUCGCUUGGGCGUGCGAUGACAACACAACAAUUAAAAUCGGUUUUGAUCGGCUGAUUGUGUAUAACAUUAUUAACAAUGGAACGCGGUCAAGUAAUAAUGUCAAUUUAUCACUAUUAAAUUGUUAUUUUUUUUUUUUUUUUUUAUUUUCUUACGUUUUCUCUGUGUAGUAUAACGGUAGACAUAUCUUAUAUGCGAUUACGGAACAUCAUUAUUAAAAAUAAAAUAGUCAUCCCGUAAAUAUAUUUUAAUGGACGACAGUGUUCGUAUCAUUGUCUAAUACUACUGCAGGCACGCGGCCCUAUGUACCUGUGUUAUUAUUGGUUAGCGCCGUCCGCAAUGGUUUGGAACGAAAAGGACGAAAAAUUCGCAGUCUUGCGGCAAAUUUUUCGGAACAAACCCUCUUCUCUCUGAAAAAAAAAACACUCGUAGUUCAAUCAAAUUCAAUUCGACGUAGACAAAUAUCUAUAAGCUACUUUACAUAUCGGUACAUCGCAUAAUAUUAUUCAAGUCGGUUUUUUCUAUACCUAUACGUCUUAUACACGUGUUGGAAACUAGUGAUGAUCAAACUAAGACUAAAGCAGCCUUGGUCUUGUUUCAAUCUUGUUCUUGCAGACUUAAUCUUAGUCUUGAUAUAACAACUAUCUUAGUUUUGGUCUUGGUCUUGGUAUUUCUAUAAUGCCAGUACCAUAUUGGUCUUGGCAACACCCAAGACCUGCAAUUUUGAUCAUCAUCACUAUAUUUGAAAUCAGCGUACCGGCUUUACUACUAUAGUUAUGGCAUUAUUUUGCAUUUAUGAUUGAAUUAAAAUUGAUAUAUACAUACGUUAAAUAAAUAAACGAUAAAUCAUUUUUAAAAAAAUGCAGAAAUAAUAACGCUUUUGUCGACAACACAGACGAGUAACGCGCGUAGCGGCGUGUGUGUCGAUGCGUAAAAAAAUGGGAUUGCUGUAUAUUUAAUAUACUUUACGCGAUCUCAGUUAUGAUAAUGAUUUGUAAAAAUGCACAUGAAUCUAUAAAAAAUCUUUAUUUUUUUAACAUCGUGUUCUGUUUUUACGCAUCUCGAUGAAUAAACGCAUCUCGAUUCUCGGUGUAUAUUUAUAAAUACUUAUUACCUCCUGUACAGUUAUAUUUUCGAGGAAAAUAACACGACUUAAUAAAACUGCAAAUAGUUUCUCGUGUACGCGCAAUAUUUAUGUUGGCACAUGCUCACCUUAAUUCGAACAUUUAUCGAAUUUAUUGUCAAAUGGUGCGUUAAAUAUGCGUUUAGAUACGGAGUGAAAUUGACCCACAAUGAAACAACGAACUUUCAAAAUUGGCAUAAAAUCAUAGAGUCAAAAAAUGUAUUUCUAAAAUUAAUAUUUUUCUAUUGUAUUGUAUAUCUGACAUAAACAAAGUUAAUAACAUAAGAUCAGUUUUUUUGUAAAGAUGUUUAUAAAGAAAUAGCUAUUAAAUUUAUUAACGAAGUAUGUAAAAUGUCUAAUUGAAUGUUUUAAAUUUUAAAAUAGUCUUAGUUAUCAUCAUUAUCAUCGUUUAAUAUAAUAGGAACAUUCAACCUGCAGUUUUUAUUUUUUUUAAUAAAUUGUUCUUCCAAUCUAUGUGCCGUUUCCCAACGAGAUUUAUAUUCUGAUUUAAAAUAGCACAACUUUUUAUUCGAAUCAUUCUGUUCAUAAUUUUUUACUGGUUUUUCAAUAUCCUUUUUUAUAAAAUUGAAUUAUUCACCAAUUGUUUCAUAUCCAGAACUUGUCUUCAUAAUAUUGUGUACUUCUAAUCAGGGUAUUAAAAUAUUUUUCAAACUCAAUACUACACAAAAAGAUAUUAACUAAUUAUGACGUUUGUUUUCAUCAACUAUAUUUUACAAGUAUAAAAAAUAAGGCACUAGUGUAGUGUGUGACUUCAAAUAACCACGACCUAUCAAUAACAAUAAUGAUAUACCAAUACUUAUGACAUAGUUACCGAUAUAUAUAUAUAUACGUACCUAUUAUAAUAUUAUUAUUUUCGAUAAUACGGAUAGUAUUGUACGCUUCCUAGAGAUAAAAUUAACUUAUUUUAGAUAAUAAAUCAGUUACAUUUCGACUUUUAAAUACUAUUGGUGGUGUUCCCUCCCCCCCCCAUUUUUACAAAUCGAAAAAAGGGGAAUUGCACGUACAGGUGGACGAGUGUGUUUUAUAUCAAGAAAAAACUAUCUUUUUCUUUAUUUUUAUUAACUUUAAACGCCAUUGAGGCCUAUGGCUUCAAAACAGACUUCCUUCCAUUUCUUUCUAUCUUAAGCUACUUCGCUAAAGCCGUCUACCCCUAGAUUUUCUAAUUCUAUUUUGUUUUUAUCGAUCUAUCGCUGUUAGGGCUUUUCUUUUGGUCUUUUCCCGUGGGAGUUCUAUUUUAGCACAUAAUUUGCUAUUGAUUUGGUUAUUACAAUGUGACCAAGCCGACUCAUUCUUUAUGUAGAUUAUUAUCUACUAUUACAUCUAGUUUUCCAAAUAGUUUCUGGACUUUCUUAUGUUUGAUCUGAUUUUAUAUAAUUAUUGGGAUCCAUUAUAUUUUUAUUCGGGCAGUAGAUUCUCCUAAGGAAUUUCCUCUCUAAAGAAAGAAAAAGGACAAUUAAACUAUUUUAUUAUUCAUUUUUCGGGUUUCAUAGAUUAAAGUGGCGAUGGAGGUGGCACAAAAAAAUGGCGAUGGUGCAACCUAUUCCGUUAUCAGCGGCAGUGGAGAACGGGGUCGGUCGGUAAAUACUAUUUGGCUCGAUGACGUGCAAACUAAAAAGGAAAUGCAAUAAUAAUAUAAAUACUAUUUUAAUAUAUUUGACCGAAUGACCAUCAUCCAUCUCACUUAGCCGCGUAUAUGGUAUCAUUGAUAUUGUUCGCUUGUGUCUCGCAAUAGUUCAGGGCGAGCACCGGCACUCUGCUAUACAAGCGUACAGAUUAUUUUUAUAUAUACAAAUAUUAGAUUUUGAUUUUGCAAAAAUCGUGUAUAUUAAAUUGAUAUCUAAUAUAUUUACAAUUAUUCUUUUUACGAAAUUACACCCUUAUCCAUGUAUUCAGCAAAUAAACACCAUUUAAUAUAUCGAUUAUUGAUUUUCAAAUAUCGACUCUCCACUUCUUCUUAAACUGUCUGCAGAUUCAAAUUGAAAAUCGUUUCACUUUUUCCAGUUUACACUGUCCAAUGAUGUAAAUAAAAAUAAUUACCCUGUAUAACAUGUGAACGCGAUAAUUAUAAAAUAACAUUAUGCACUGUGAACGGGUCAUAUACCUACGGGUAGUUACAAGUCCUCCAACCCAGCAAAACCCGGUCGGUCACGCGUGGGAGGCGAUCUCCACGGUGCCCGCGUCCUGCUGCGAUUAUUUUUUAUCUACUCGUAUAUAAACUAUAAAAAAUAAUAUUAUGUUUUAUAUAAUAUGUGUAUACAUACGUGUUUCUCGCAUUUUGGAUAAGUUAUUUUCGCUAGAGUCGGCAGAGUACAUGUGUGAGUGUGUGUGUGUGUGUGUGUGAGUAAGUAUAGUUCACGUGCUAUAGUGCAAAAUCAUUAUCGUCGCAACAUUUUUUAAAACAAUUUUUUAAUACCUAUCCAUAUCGUCUCUAACGGUCAGAUCGAAAUUGUCGUAUUCAUAUUGACCAGGACAAUAUUUUAAAAAGUGUUUCGUCAUAAUACCAUGUGAUGUUCAAAAUAUCAACCAGAAACAUAGGUACCUAAGCGUAUAGACACGAAGAAUAAAAUAAAGUUAAAACGAAAAACUCGUGUACAAGUUUCCCACGGAAAUAUUGUCAUAAUUAUUUUAUUUUGAAUAUGUUUUCUUUAAAAUCAUUCUAAACAGUAGUUUUUUGCCAGUUUUAUAUACAAAUGUAUUUAAACAGAUUUCACUAUUUUAACACGCAUGUCACACUGUAAGAAACGCCAUACGUUGAUUUAUUUAAUACAGCGAUACAUUUGAAUAUUUUCGAGUAGAUCAGUUUUCAAAGUAAAAAAAAGUUCUGAAAAUUGCCUAUACGAGACCCCUUGAAUGCCGAGCGUAGGACGUCCUCCUAUAAACAAUAUCCGGUCGAGAACAAAAACACACAGCCAAUGAAAAUUACAAAAUUGCAUAUGAAAAACGAUUCUGAGCGAAGUUUGGUUAAAUAUAUUUUGAUAAAUUUAAAAUCAUAUUAAUUUGCAACUCAAAAAUAAUUAUUACUGUAGUUCGUGUUUUUAUCAAGUUUCAACAUAAAUUUGAUUUUAAAAUAAAUUUUUAUCUGCAUAAAACAAAAAAAUAAAACCGAACAUGUCACAUAAUUGACGCUACCAAUAACUGAAAAUACACCAGUAUAUUUUCAAAAAUAUACAAAAUCUAUAAAGUGUUAAGCAUUGGUGUAUUAAAAGCUGUUUUUAUAGGUGAAUGUUUCAGUCGUCGACGAUUAUUUUCCACGGAAUUACAACGGGAAAAAAAUCAAAAAAUCGCCUCCUCAAUGCGCCGAGUACACACAGUUUGCCAUCAGCGAAAACCCCCGUAAAUUUAAUAAUCUGAGUAAGAUUUCUGGUGAAAAGAAAAAACGUAUUUUCAGACCCGAAAAUAAAGAACCCGUCAUUAUAGUAAAACCGACACAUUCCUCUCGCUACGCUCGGGAUCUAGAGUUUAACCCGCGGGCGGAGCGAGGGCGACAGCUUCCCGUUCUCACCCUGUCGCCCUCUCUCCCACGAGCAUACCUACGAACGAAAACAAAAAGAACCUUACGAACCGACAAAGAACGCCCUUUUAUUUCCAGACCAAUUUCUCGCGCUUGUGCCGCAUGUCGCGCGUGAAUGCAUAGUACUAUUAUAAUAUAAUGUAUAGUUUACAGGAGGCUAUUAUUUAUAAUUUACAAUUAUUCUACACGCGUCAGCGGUCGUCCCUCUGUUAUAAUAUUUUUUUCGUGUACGCGUGUAUAUCAACGUUUUUUUUUGUUUUCUAUAUAUACACGUUGAGUUUACUGACAGUAGUAUAUUCUCGGUGCGGGGCGAAGGGCCGAGAGGGUUCUCCUCUCCGGUGGUUAGGUGUGUGUGCUAUUAUAUGUAAUACAGUACAUACGUCUUAACGGUACGCCGCAGUCUAAAUACGGUAGGUUUAUAAACCUAUAAUAAUAAUACGGACAAUUGUAAUAAUAUUAUCCUAAUGUGUAUACCGCGCGUUCAAAAUUCGAGACCGUGUAAAGGACCGACCGUCUUCGUCGAACGUCGUGUUGUUGUUCUGAUGAGGUCGUCGUCGGUGGCGGCGGCGAUAUAACAAUAAUAACGCGCGACCCUCGGACCAUAACGUUUUUUUUUUUUUCCUUCAGACCUCGUCGGUCGGUUCGUGUCGAAAAUAAAAGAAAAAUUAAAAACUAAACUAAAAAAAUACCGAUUUAUAUUAUAAUAAAUAUUAUAUUAUACAUAAUAUUUUACUAUAUUUUUUUUCUUUACCCCGUUUCAUUCAUUCUCCCUGUUUCCCCCACCCCGCCCCCGUGGACAAUGGCCCGCGUGUUGUCGUAAUACACAAUAAUAUAUGUAUGUAUAUAUAUAUAUUACUAUACGUACUGUGCAGCAGAUUAAAAACAAUAAAUCAGCGGUAAUAUAUAAUAUUAUAUAUUGGUCACGGUCACGGAGUGUGCGGCUCGAAAAACUCCGACAAAAUCGACUCUGCGCGAUUUAAUUCGAGUCGUGUGAUGUCGAGGGUUAAAAUAUUAUUUUCCAGGUCACACUGUUAUAUUGCUCCGGAGUGUCCGCACAUUUACAUUUUAUAUACUUGCGUCCUAUAUUCGACCUUUCACUAUCGCGGAGUCUUGAUGGAAGUCUUGGCACGGACAUGACGUAUUUCACGACGAUUAUUGCACGUGCUUUACAUGUUAGCCAAAGUAGUAAAAGUCGAAAACCUAUUAAACUUCGUUGACUUCAUUUUGUCGCGGUCCUUCGAUUAUUAUUCACUGUUAAUUUUGGUCGUUAUUUGUAAUUGUUACCGUAUAAAUGUAACCGGCCCGCAUUAAUAUUAAAAAAAAAAAAAUAAAUAAAUAAAAAUAAAUUUGGCAAUAAUCUUAAUGCGUUGACAUAUUAUAGUUUUUCGAUAAAAUGUGAGACGAUGUAAUCUUGUAAUUUUCAAUUAUAUAAAUUCAAAGAAAAUACAAUUUUUUUUAGUAUAUUAUGUAGAAUCCGAGUUAAAUUUAAGUUAACAUUCUUUUGUUAAAUUCAAAUCGAUAUUUUCAUAAUUUUCAACAAAAUAACUGACAAUAUUUAGAUUUCGUGAAUAUUUGAAUUUUAUUAAAAUGUCUUCAUUUUUUUUUUAAUAUAUAAGUAUAAUUUUGUAACGAGUCGAAAAAACUUUUCACAAAAAUGUAUAAAUAACAAAAAGAGCCAAAAUAAUUUUGGAAAUUACAUAGCUUUCUAAAAAAUGUCCGUGAACAAUAUCCAGUGAAAAUUUCAAGUCUAUAAUUAUUUCUUACUGAGUUUCAACAAAAAAUAAUAACAAUAUGGAUUUUUCAAAAAUACACCGGCGAUCCAUCGUAAUUAUUCCCAUUUCCUCCCCCCCCCCCCCCGUUUUUUUCCGUUAUUAAAAAAAUCACGAGGAAUAUCAAAAAAAAAAAAAAAAAUACCACCUCCCUAAUUAGGUCCAAAACGCUCCAUUCGGAAUCUUUAAGAGAAAACAAAUUAUUUGUACUUCGAAUAUUUCAGAUCGCGUGGUUUGCAACGUAAAUUAUGUUAAAGUAUAUUAUACUCUUUUAUUAUUCGCACACUGUCGAGAUAAAUAACAUAAACGCAUAAUAAUAAUAAUAAUAUUGUAACAUUUUGUUUUUACUUUUCCGCGUCUAAUUAAAGACUUUAUAAUAUAUAGUGAUUACUGAUUACCAUUAAACGUAGCUCGAGGACAGAGUACUUAGUCUGCAAAAUCAAAUUAAUACGUCAUGUUAUUACCUCGUAUAUUGUGACGUUUUCGUUUAAUUACAGUGCGCUGCCGCCGUAACGUAACACGCCCUCGUAUUUUGUCGCAACAUACGUAAUAAUAUGAUAUUAUAUUGAAUAAAUCAGCUUUUAUUUUGUUUUGCUGAGAUUCUGAGCGCAGCGAGAAAUGUAUCGGUUUUACUACAGCGCGUGCGAUUAAUUAAUUAAUAAUUUUUUUUGUCUGCAGACAACUUUUCUACCGAAAAUAUUGCUCCGAUCGAAAAACGACAAGGAAGCUUUUAGACAGCAUUUUAAAGCUUUUAACCAUUUUAUACCCAGAAUUGGUGGGGAAACGUUGAGAAUGUAGGUUUUUUAGUUUUCCUAAUAAUUGAAAAAAAAAAACGGGAAGGUUUACGGCAUUAAAGAUUUCGUUAUUUUCGAUUGUGUUUUUUUUUUAGUUUCGGAGCGGAGCGAAGUAUCAAAGUGUAUCAUCUUUUCUAGUUAAUGCGUUAGGUUCAUUUGGUAGGUAGGUACCUUUGAAUACAAUUGUUUGGCUUAACAAUAAUGUUUGAAAAUUUAAUAGGAUGUUCAUUAUAGGUUGUACCUAGAGUGGUAAAAAAAAAGUUGAGUGUAACGUAGUUUUUAACUGGUUUAAUAAUUUUAAUAUUACAUUUAAAUGAAAAUCAAAAAUAUUACGGCUUUUCAAAACUUGUGUAACCGAACUUUGCUCCGAAUCGUUUUUCGUGCUUACGGAUAUAAACUAAACGACUUUAUGUAUCCCAUCUUUUUGUUUGUCUCAUAUGCAUUCGACUUAAUCGUAAAACAUAAUAAUACAAUUAAAUACCGACACAGAUGUAUACUUAGAACCUAUGAUGCUCAGAAACAUUUCUUUUUGACUCAAAUGGCGCCCAAUAAUAUCGGAGUUGAUACACGCAGGUUAUUCGUUGUUAUUUGAUAUUUUUCUAUUUUCGGGACCGAUCGCAAAGUAAUCUGUGGAUCGACACGUCCGACGAAGGAAAACCGGAGGUAGUUGUCGAGCAUUUUCAUACCGGCUUUAUGUGUUAUGUCACCCUGUAUAAUAAUACUCUUCAACAUUUAAUCUGACAUAUAAACAUUGUCUACGUGCUGCACUCGGCACCUGCAGCAGCAUUUAUACGCCUCGCGAUAUCAAAUAACCGUCUCCAGUGGUGCAUUAUAUUAUUUUUAUUGUACUCAAAAAACUACAAAAGAAUAAUAUUUCUUUUCUAUUCCCGGAUAUGAUCGUUUGUUGUGCGACGUAUUCCAAUACACAAGGUAAAAUACGAAUCGUUACCUGUAUAAUAUUUCAUAAAAGGGUCUUGCGUAUUUCUCAUCGCAUAGGCAAAUGCAGGAUGUGAUUUUUUUUCACGAACCUUUACCGUAUAGUAUACAUAUAAAAUCUUCACAUAUACCUACAGUGUAUACGGAGAUUUUAUAUGAAUUUGUAUUAGAUUUUUUUUUUUUUUUUAAUUUUACCCCUAUUUAAGUUCCGUAUAUAGACCCCAUAUCAAAAACGCGUCUGCAUCAGUGACAUAGAAUUUUCAAUGGGAGAGGAUGGAGCAAUUAAUAAUCAUGAUUGAUGAUAAUAGUUUGAAGACUCUUUUUCUAUUGCACGUAUAACUCGACAAUGAGAAUUUAUAUGGCGUGUUCAAUAAAACCAAUAUUUAUUGAAGGAAUUAAAUUUUUUCCGUGUGACUUGCCUGAAAUAUAUAAUUCCAAGCUAAAAUGACUAAUUAUCAUAUGUAUAUUAUUUUUAAGCGAAUGCAGAGGAUAUGGCCCCUUACGGGGCGUAAGAGGUGGGGACCACCACCACGUGAACGAUUGCACGCCAUAACAUUAUCAACUUUGGAUUUUAUAUAAAUAUAUAUUCUAUUCGUAUAUUUUCUCCAUAACCACUGACCGUCGUGUAAUUCAUUGACGAUGGUCGUAACCGCACUGGUUAACCUAGCGUUUUUCGUCGACAAAAUAGAAGCUGAGUGUGAGUUUAGAAGGCGGGGUGAUAUGUGCAUUCCUAAGCGGUCGUAAACGCAUCUGUCUCUUUUGUCACCUAUGGUAUUCAUAAUAAUAUUAUAUUGUGAGAUCUGUAAUAGUAUCGUAUAUCUAUUCAAAUGUCCAAAGCGGACUAAACCGUGUACCUUUAUUGUGUGCAGCAUGCGAGUAUACUUUGCCAAAUAUUUCGCGCGCGUUUCGAAUUUUCACACACACCCUAAAAAAAAAAAGACACACCCGUUCGUUUAUGCGCGUGUGUGCGUUAAUUUAUAACGGUAAAAAUAUCCGUUUAUAGUUGUAUAGGAAUACGCGCGAUUCGUAUAUUAUUAUAUGUAUACACAUAUACCUAGGUAAUACGCUUGCGCGCUAGAAGUGGAAAAGUGCCUCCGGGGCCGUUCGAUCUAUUAAUUGGCCGCACACUCCGUGUGCCGAAUUCGUAGGUUUUUUUUCCGUUUCUUUAUUUCAUUUUUUUUUUUUUUCUUUUUCUUUUAGACUACAACAACAGCCAGAUGUGGGCCGUCACAUUAUUCCGACAGAUUUGUCGGGGUAUUUCUUUAUUAUUAUUUUUUUUUUUUCGGCGGCCUAAAAUAAUAAUAAUUAUUAUUAUUAUAUUUUAUUAUAUUAUCGUUGUUAUUAUUAUGCGACCGCUCGCUCGCGCGCCGCAGUCCCCGGGGCUGGGCCCCGUGUGUGCGGUCUCUCCUCCGACGAUGCCGACCACGGAAACUGGUUUGUCGUCCGCGUGGAAACGGAAUAAUCUGCCCGCGCGCGCGUUUGGACCUAUCGGAAACGGAAUCUCUGUGCCCGUGUGUAUAUAAUAUAAUAUAUAUUAUUAUUAUUAUUAUUAUUAUUAUUAUUAUUAUUAUUAUAUGUUGAAGAACGACCCGACCGAGUCGGAACACAAUAAUAUAAUAAUAUAUACUCGCGGCGAAUAUCGUCUUCCAACUCGCUUGUCGCAUAAAUCUCGCUUCUCGGCCGACGACGACAUGGUUUUUUUUUCUUCUACCAUUUUAUAUUGUUGGUAGUUUUGUGUGACACGGAAACGGGACGACGACGACGACGAUCGCCGCGAACCGAGAAAACCGUCUUUUUUCACGUAUAAAUAUCGUCGUCGUCGUUUUCUUCACAUCACGCCGUCGCCACCGCCGCCGUACGCCGUCAUGUUAUUAGUCACUCGCGACGACGAUACCACCGUCGCGGUCACCGUGGUCAUUACCGCAGUGACCGCGCGGCGAACGCCCUUAUAUUGUUUUCGUUUAGUGCAAAAAAAAAAAAAAAAAGACAAAACAAAUAAUUAAAACAAUUUGAGUCACCGUUCGUGGUUGGUUCGCGACCGCAGCAAUAUAUACUCGACAAAAUAUUUUUAUUGUAUGUGAUCGCGAUGAAUCGCUACAAAAUCCAAAACCUCGAACACUUUCAUAUACUUCUCUAUAACUAUACAGUAUAAUAAUUUGAAAUAUUUUUGAUACUUUACCACGGGUUUAAGGCUAUAUGACAUUAUUCGGUGGUAUCUAUACGUGGGUCUAAGCACCGUUCUUUCUUAUAGUGCAUAAAAAAAUUUAAAAAAAGAGCUAAUAUAUACUGGGAUCGGAUGUGCCGCUAUUGUAAGCGGGAAGUUGGAAAGGUAGGAUACAUAAAGUUAUUGAAUUUACAUCUGUAUGCAACGAUUACCCAUCGCUACAACAAAAAACAAUUCUGAGCGAAAUUUGGUUGAACUUUUUUUUUUGAAUGCCAUUAUUUGUAUGAUUUUCGUCAAAAUUUGAACUUAGACGAAUAUAAAAAAAACUGUACUACAUUAUACACUCAAUUUUUUUUUUCGAUAGACGUCAUAGUUUUAAAACGAAGUAUUUUCUUAUGUGAUUAUGUCAAUAAUGGAUAAGGAUAAAAUUAAAGAUGUACGUCAAACGAGUGUAAAUAUAGAAGCAGGAGAUUAUGCGAAUAACAUUAUGCGUGUUAAAAUAUUAUUAUUGUCUUUACCACCUACGUAUACGAUUUAUAUUACGAAUCCGCGUCAUCCUCGUCGUAGAAAAGCGCGACGAAAUUCUAUUUUACGAGACCGCCCUGACGGGUGGCGGCGACUUGGGUUUUAUUUGUACCCGAUUUCUAUUCCACGCGGUGAGACAAACGGCGGUUAACGUUUGAAAAUGAACACGGUAUUAUAUUAUGUAGGUACAGGUAUAAUAAUUUUGGUAUAUUCGAUGUACCUACGUUAUUAUUAUUAUUAUAGCGAUUUGUGAACGCAUAUUUCGACAACCUUGACACUGAUGGUAACCACGCCGUACCGCGGCCGCAAUGGUGUCGCGGCGACUUAAACGCCCGUCCCCCCAAAAAGUAACCGAUUCAAAUGUGACGUCACAUCAAAUUAGCCGUGAAAUUAGCGGAGAGGUUAUACUCACAUCGAAAGACCGGUUAUAUAUAUAUAUUAUAUACGAAUAUAAUAUAGGUACAAACGUGCCGUCUAUUAGUGUCCGAAAAGCUGUUAAAACCGAAUAUACACUAAAUUUCUCUCUAUCUCUCUCUCUUUCUCUCUCUUACACACACUCAUACACACAUGCACACUAUAUGGAUGCGUUACAGAAGCGUCACAAGCGCUAAUCGAUUUAAGUGUACCUAUAAUAUUGUGUUGAAAUUUUACUUAUUACACUAUACCAAUCCUAAACAUUUCUCUCGAUUUCGAAACUAUAUUUAUGGUGCACUGCACUGUACUGUGUACAUUACGACAUCAACGUGUAUAUAGUAAUAAUACCGUUGCUUAUUACACUUCAAUAGUACGUAAGUAUCUCAAUAUUUGAUAAAAUGAGAUUAUAUUAUCGAUAUUAAUAAAAAGAGUGGUUCUGAAAAUGUAUUGGUCCAUAAUUGUCCGUGGUUACACUGUAAAUCACGAAAAUAAUAACACCUCAUCUAUCAAAACCUAGUAUCAACAUUACGCAUCUCAGCCAAUAACUCAUGACAAUAUUGCAGAUAUGUUGAAAAUAAGUGUUGUUUUCUUAAAAUGUUUUUUUAAUCAUCCUGUAAAACUACAAAAACUGAAAUACUAUUGCAUUGUUGCAGUAUAAGCUAUGGUACAUCCAUAUAAUUUCGUGCUCUUAACUGCCUAUUAUAAAUAAUACUCGAAUAAAGAUAAGUAAUGCCUCAAUAAACCUAUGAGGGGUUUAUUUAUUAGUCAUUUUUUUAGGAGAUGGAGAGCAAAAUAACAUUUUUUUUUGUUCACAAAAUAUAAAUUCUUUUUAGUGUAGCCAACUAUACGUAUAACUUUCUUGUUUUUAUUUUUUGCCUAUCAAGUACAAGUAUAUAUAUAUUAUGCUGAUUCGGCUAACUAUAUAUAAAAUUAAACAAGUCUACUUGGCCGACUGCAGCAUUAAAAAAAUAUCUGACUUGGGUAUGUUUAUCAGUUUAUAGGACAUUAUGCCUCUCUAAUACCUCCCCCGCCGCCUAAACAUAAACGUAUAUGUUUAUUUAGUUGUGCCCAAAUAUAUAAGCUAUAAAUAUCAUGCGUUGGGGUUUUCGAGACCUUCUUAAACAUUUAAAAAAUGCAUGUACCUAUACAGUAUAAUACGAGUUGUCCGAAUAAUGGAAUAAUGGUGAAAUAAGCUGAUGACAAAUAUUAUUUUCUGAAGUGUAUUUUCGCCGGUGUAAACUCCAGUGUAAAUUAUAGCGAGGCAAAACCUGAGGAAACUAUGAUGAUAAUGAUACGUAAAUACCUGCUGUUGAUGAUGCGUAUGUAGUUAUAGUUCAAGAACUAGCAAUUUUCAUUUUUUUUUUUUUUAUUUUUUUUAAAACAACGUUUACGUCUUAUAACGACUAAAUAAAUAUAGAAGCGUAAAUUGACCAUCAAAUACCGCGUUAAACCAGACAACAUUACACCAUCACGAUUGACUGUAUGUAAUAUAUAAUAUUAUAUAUUAUUACACUUACAUGUAUAGUUAGGUACCUGCUUUGUAUAGUAUGUAAACGGUUAUUUCAAAACAUUGAACGUGGAAAUAUAUAGUAUAUAGCUAGGCACAAUAUUACUAUUUAAGUCGUUUACUUUGCAAAAUAUUAUUAUAACACACGUUGAAAUGUAUCGUUUUAUACGCGCGUUUUAAAAAAUAAACAGUACCGUAUAUCAUUUAUGAUAAUGUUAUUUAUACUAUAUUGGUAUACUAUAUAUUGUACACCGUCCUUAUUUGGUAAACCGAUCGUCGAUAUAUAUUAUUAUUAUAUUUUAUUAUUCCCACACUCGGGGAAUGUAAAAUAACUCCCAUAUAGAUGAGGCAUAGGUACGCAGUGACUCGGUUUGGCGCAGUAUUAUUAUAAGGACGUUUAUAGAACCUCUUUUAUUUUCAAAUCGCGUACUCUGAUAAUUACAAUAUUACAGUAAUAUGUAGGUACCUACAUACCUAUACAGCUAUACCUUUAGUAAACCUACUUUACUUUGUUUACUAAUGUAUACGUAUUUUUCCAAACGUUUUUUUAGAUUCGUCCGUGAAUACGAACCCUAUGUUCUUUCCCCAUAAAAGGGCAGUAGAUUUGUGGAAAAGUCUUGUUAUUGAAAGACAAAUUUAAAAUUGUAUAAAAAAAAGUUGAAAACCAACUCCGAACCACUUAAAGAUCGUGAUUAAUUAAUUAAUUUGUAUCAUUUUAGAUUCUGAAUGGCACGAGGAAUGUAUUGGUUUUAUAAUGAUGUUUUUUAUUUAUUUUUUUUUUAACCUGUGUACUACAUUUCUAUUGACAGUUUUACUCCGAUUUACAAUCAAAUAGUACUUCUGAAAAGAAAUCUGAUGACUGAGGUGGUACUUUAAGGAGGUUAAUUUUUGAUUUCCCCAGAAGUUUUCCCAAUACAUGGGAAAAACCGGGAGAACGGUGAAAUAGGUACAAUAUUAGACAAAUAUUAUUAAAGAAAUUAAUGUUUAAUGCAUAUGUAAUUAUUUUACCAUAAUAUAUAUUGGUAACAAAGUAAUACUAUCAACCGAACUCCGCUUAGAAUCGUUUUUUCGUUUGCAGUGGUUAAUUGUUGCCUAAUGUAUAUAUCUACAUUAAAUUCACGUCUAAAACUCCCAACUUCUCUCCUACAACAGUGGCUGCGUUCGUCCCAAUUAUUCUAGGACAGCUUUUUUUUUUUUCAAAGAAUAACGCAUAAUAACGGCGGUGACUGCACUAUACGCCUAGCCUAUCGUCGCUCUAUAAUAGUCAACCUAGGUAUAUACCUGGGCAACCCGGGUACCCGAUGAAAAUGUCGUUUCCGCGCGAUCAUUCGCGUGACCGGAUAAAUGACGGCGGAAUAAAAACGAGACACAAAGACAAAUAAAAUUCGAAAGAAAACGAUUUCGGUGUAUCUUCGCCUAUAAUAUUGUUAUUAUACCCAUAUUGUAUUUUUGUUUGUCUCUCGGACUGCCGCGGGCGUAUAUUAUAUACAACAAUAUUAAAACUGUAUGGUACCGUACAAUAAUAUAAUAAAUAAUAAUAAUACAAUGUGAAUAAUAUACGGUUAACCUGCGCGCGUGUGGCGUAUUUAUUAUAUUUACGACGACGACGGCCGCGGCGGCGGUCCGCUUUCUCGGCGAAAAAAAAGAAAGACGCGAACAAAAAAACGACUCGCGCGCGCAAUUAUUUAACGUAAUGGGUACCCUGCAACCUCACCUAUAGAGCGUAUCAAACGUCCGGUGUUUUAUUUUUUUCGUUCAUACGUAUAAACAAUAUUAUCGGACGGGAAAACGGAAAAGACUACAUAAAUCUAACGGGUCCUCGCAUUCGCGAUAUUAUAUUAUGUCUACUUACAGAGUGAUCGACAAUUCAACAUAACGUAGCUAAACAAUGAGUGGCUUUAAAAUAAUUACCCGUGUUUUUUUUUUUCAUUCUUGCGCCGCCGCGCCGUCACAAAAAUCGCGUUCCCCUAAUAUUCUCCAUGUAUUAUACCCAUCAUCGCAAAACGACAAACCUAAAAGUGCCGCAAUAUCUUUCGUCAACAACUCGGAGAAAUUCAAAGUUUCGACGCCUAAACGUACUUAAACUGAAACUUCGACUAUAUUGUAUGAAAUUGGUUGCAGUGGCGUAACUAUAGAACUUCUGAUGCCCGUGGCAAAAUAUUGAAUUAAGGUCCUAAAGUCCGGACCGAUAAACAAAUAAAAUAAGGGGGAGAGGUUAUUAAAAAAAACCUUCGCCUGUCCAAUAAUCCCCUAUAGUCUAGACCACUAAUAGGGCCCUCAUCAGUUGUGGGCCCGGGGCGUUUUUCCACCUUGCCCAUUCGGUAUUUACGCCACUGAUAGGUUGUCAUUUUAAAAUCAAAACGUGGCAGUGGUUUCACCCCCGAACGUAAGGGUGGCGAAAAGUAACAGCAAUGCGAUGUAUUAGAAUCGUUCGUUUUUUAUUAGCUCUUUUCGAAAUAAAUUCUGAAAAAGUCGAUCCUUUCCGAGAUAGUGAGUGUGCUACGUUAUUUUGAUCAGUAAUUACGUAUUUAUAGGACACAUUAUUAAGGAUUUCGUGCAUUUUUAAAAUAAUUUUAAUUGAAAGAAUUCAGAAUUACAAAACAAUUGUUCAGCAUUUUUAAAUAGGACAGAUAUCUAUGUAUUAAGUAUAUUUGUAUUAGGCAAUCGAAAAAACAGCUAUUUUAUAUCAAAAUAUGUUUCAUGACCUAACGAUACUAUAUGAUUUCACAUAUUUUGGGGGUUUCGCAUUUUUAGGGCAUAUCUAUUUAAAUGUUUCUUUAGCAUAUUAUACAUAUCUACCCUAUCGAUCACCCUGUAUAUACGUAUUUUUUUUUAUUAUUUUAAUAUUAUAUGUGAGUAGCCAGUAGGUACUGUAGGUACCUACGUCCAUCACAACCGGCGGCGGCGGCCGCGCGUUCUCGUCUUACAAUAGCUGAAUCAAAUUAAUCAUAUUAAUAUCUCCUGUUCUUAUAUCAUUAUAAUAUUAUCUACCUUGGCCCUCGGGGAAAGCGCGCGCUCCGAUCGAUCCACAUAAUAUUAUAUCCGUUCAUAUCCUCAUCGUAUAUAAUAUACAGAGUGGUCCAUUUACGUCAUAAAACGACGAUUUUCUCGGAGGAUUUUAAACGAAUUGGAUUUCUGUUUUUUUUUUUUCAAUUACGCAUAUUAUAAAUCAAAAUACAUAUAAUAAAUAUUUAUAAUAUAAUUUACCUUAAUCUUUAAUUUAACAUACUAUUUCUAAUUUCACAUCUUUACUCCUCACACGUUAAAUACUGGUAUACACUUUUGAUUUUUUAAACAGGAACUUUCCACCUCCCUCCCAUUCUACACACGGACAAAUAAUAAUAAUUUUAGGUUUAGGGACUUGGAACAUUUGCUUGUUUAUUUGACUUGACGUUAAAUUUAGCAGAAUGCUUUCGAAAUGUAUACGUUUAUGUUAUGUUGGCCUGAUACUUGACUUUAAGACGGAGGAAGGAGCAGGAAAUCGACCUCAUAAAAUAUUAACGCCUCCUCAUAAGAAACUGAAAUGACGACCAAUUUAUUGUAUAGGUAUAAUUUGUCGUGUAUUCGUUACCUCAUUUCAGAACCGAUCUGAUUCAGUACCGCUGCUGUUGUUAGAUCUCCGCCGAAUUAAUAAAAUCCAUCACAGACGACGAAACGCAAAUGUUGCCGCGAGCCAUUUUUUCGCACUCAUUACAAUAAUACAAAUACCCAAUACCUAUACUUGCCUUGCUUCGACCGAUUAUACGCUUUUAUGUGUACCGAUAUUUCGUUUAGACCACUAUAAACUUGUAAUAGUGUUUGGAAUAUAAUAUUCUAAUAACACGAUGUUGGGCGGGGCCAACCGAAAUAAAAAUUAUUAUCAAUCAAAAUUAUUUUAUGUUGUGAUAUUAUUUUAUUAUUAUGUACACCGAGAACCGUGCGGAUAAUGUAAUUUAUUUAAGAUGCGAGCAUUAUAAUAUUAUAUACCUAUCAUAAUAAUUAUUACCAACGACUUUGUCCAUUCGCAGUAUGUUUUAAUCCUUCGGGAGUGAACACUAUAAAUUAGGUUAUUCAAAUUAACAUUAAUAUAGAUAUAAAUUUUAAUUAUAAUAUAGGUAUGUACCGGUGUACAGAAACGAGUUGUUUUUCGGGAAAUCACUUUGGAUUUUUUUUUUUUUUUUUCAUUUAUAUACUUGCCGAACUACCGCAAUAUUAAUUAUCAUAGGUAUAGGUGUAGUAGUAGUACUGAUUUUAUGAUAGACAGAUAGCCCGUGGCAUGGGGGAUGUUUGACGAGUAAUAUAAUUGUAGUUUCGCGGGUUUCCUGUGAAACAGCACCAUAAAUAUAGAAUACUAGUCAUCUUAAGAUAGCUAACUGACGUUUUCAUUUGACGCCAAUCGCUAUAAUAUGCGCGGUGGUCCGUGUUGACAUCAUUUUCUUAUCAAUACAGCUUGAUAACAUUAUGAAGUUAUUCUUUUAUGCUGUGCUGAAUGUUUAUCUUUUCCUCACUUAUUAACGAAUUAGUACUGUUAAGUACUAUUCAUAUAUAGUUUCCUGAGCGAUUUCAUUAUCAUAUUAAUUCAUUAGUACCACGGACUUGCACUACAGUCCGUAGAGGUAAAUGAAACGAAAACAACAUGUAAGAUAAUUGAAACAUACUACAACACUAUCUUGGGACAUAAAAAAUAAAUAGAAGAACAAAACUAAGUAGAAAACGCGUACGGUGAAAUGUUAACGAAUGAUAAUAAUCACGAUUGAAAAAUGUAAAUAUUUCCAUCUUCACCGAGCAUAUCGCAGAAUGACGUUAACUUUCAGUACUACCUCGGUACUAGUUAGCUAUCUUGUAUUCUAGUAUCUAUAGAUAGCAUAGAAAUAUUCAACAAAUUAGUUUUUCUUCAAAUUGUAUGGGACGCACGUGUAUCAUUUCACAUGGUACACUGAACAGCCGCUAUCUAUGUGAACUGUUGUCUUAGACAUAAUAUUGACUAUAUAAAUCACGAAAAAACAAAUUUUCAUUUUCCGGCACUAAUAAAGCGUCUAACACAUUCUCUCUUCAGUUAUUUACCAUGUAGACGACUGUGAAAAUAAACGGUACCUGGCUAUACGACGACGCGGUGGCCUAUCAUUUCAAUGUUAGAUCCAACGAAUCUGUACGAUAAUAUUAUAACUAGGGUUGGAAUUUCGAUUCCGUUUACGUCGUUUCAAAUUCGUUUCAUAUACAUUUGAAUGAAAAUAUUAAAAUUGUAUUUUUCAUUUAAUAUUAACUUUUGAUUUUGAAGUCAUCAUUUUCUUCGUUUUUUUUUUUUUUUUUUUUCAAAGCAUUUAGGAGUUUUGGAUUUUUUAGAUUAAGAAUUUAAAUUUGAAAUUCUAUUUUAUUUUUUAAAUCGUAUUUUAUUAUAUUCGAAUAUCAUUUCUACCAAAAUUAUUAUUAAAAACGCGCAAAAAAAAAAAAAAAAAAAUGUAUAGCAUUAUUUUUAUUUUUAAGGACAUUAUUUAGGGUUUUAAAUGGCAUUACGUUCCCAGCCCCACAUUGACUGCGACGUGUAAUAUGAUGAGUUAAAAAAAAAAAAAAAAUCAAAUUUACCCGAAAUGUUCGUUACAACACAUUACAAUCGCCGCCGGCCCGGCGGAAAAUAAUCGCCCUGUAUACGCGCUGUUGUUGCUGUGCACAUAAACAAUAAUUCUACCGAAAGUUCAUCGUUCUCAUCCGAGGCGGCGGCGGUGGCGGCGGCGAUCGGGCGUAUUUCACAUUAUAUUAUCCUAUCGACAACACGCUUUUUCGGAUCGAACAGCGGCAGCAGCUGCCACCGCGGUAUGCGCGUCCGGUAUAGGUAAAAAAUAAUAAUAUUAUAAUAAAGUGACUGCGCGAGUAGUUCUAUAAACGAAAAUAUUCAAAUAUUCCACGUGCACCCAUCAAUUAUACCUAUUAUAUUGUAUAAUAUUACAUUUUAGGUGUAUACAGUCGCAGCGCUGCCCGGUCCCCCCCCUCCCACCCAUCAAAUUCUCCGCCGCCGAUGGUACACGGCGGCGGGUCGUAUAAUGUUUAUAAUGUAAAUACCGUCGGCCCCGUGUCCUAUAUUAUCAUUCCGGCGGUGCAACAACAAUAAUAUUAUCAUAACGUUAAUAACGCGUAUUAUAAUAUAUAUUAGGCUCCUUCGAUUUAAUAUUAUCAGCUAUGUUGCAGGCGUCGUCGGCGGGGGAAAAAAACACCCGCGAGCAGACAGCCGAGCUAUAGUCGGAUUUCCCCCCCCCCCCCGUCACGACUGUUCGCCGCUGUACAAUAUAUUUCAUUUUAUUUUUUAAAUUUGUAUUUAUGUGUACAUACGAUUUGUAAUCGCCACAACUUUAGACACCGCGUACGCCCCCUCCGACCCCUGCCAAUCUAUUAGGGUAAAAAGAAGUACGUGCCCCCGAACAAAAGUCUCAUCGAAUCGGGUAAAGUAUUGUAUUAUAGUUCUCGAGAUUUUUCCUGACACACGGACGGUCAACAAUGCGUUAUUUACGUAUGCCAAUUUUUACCUCGUUACUUAUUUUGAUAUUAUGUAAGUAUAUCUAUAUAGGGGUGUUUAAAACACCGGUAUUUCCUGGAAAAUGUAAAAUACGAACAUAAGGUUGAAUGUUGAACCCUCCCCCCUCAUUCCUCUAAAAGGCACGUCCUAGAUACUUACACAGUGUAUGCACCAAAAUUUGAUCCGACCGGCUUCAUUUUGUUGGGGGAGUCUGCAGUGGUGUACAAAGAAACGCCCUCCUCUCACAACAUUAUGGCGAAAUUCAUAUUGAAGAACUCGUAAUUUCCGGGUUUGAGCUCAUCCGGUCUAAAGGGAGCCGCUAGGAGUGCACAAAAAUAGCGGAGGAAAAUACUGAACAGUAGAUUGCAAUAGCUGCUUUAUUUUCGAGGAAAAUUCUACUAAAAUAAAAAAAUACGCUUUUAUUUUUAAAUAUAUAAUAAUAUAAUAUAGUAUAGUAUGUGUUUUACGCGUGACUUAAUACAUUUUGUUCAAAUCGAUGGACGGCUCGAGUUUAUUUUAUUUGUUUUUAAUAUAUAUCUUUUUCUCCAUGACAUUCCAGAAUUGCUCGCCGGUUAUGAGGAAUGAACAUGGAUAGCGGCAACGAGACCCUUUUCUCGGAGGACUCAUCGCCCGACUCGGCACCACCCCCGUCGCCAAGCAGCGGCCGAGGGAGCCAACAGCCCACGCCGGCGCCCACCCCGCCGCACAUCACUUCGUCCUUGUCAAAGGUAAACAAUAUGUUAUUUAUUAUUAUAUACUAUCAGUUUUCUAACAUCUCGUUGUAUUGUAAUAAUAAUACGCUAGACGGCGUCUUUAAGGAUAAUAUAAUCCUGUAUAACAUGCGUAUACCUUCCCCCCCCCCCGGUUUAGUCGAAACCCUUUUGAACCCUGCGUAUAAAUUAUCGUGCGUCGGGUUAAAAUGACGACGACGGCAAUAAUCGCCGUAUCGCAUAAUCGCUGUUGUUAAAAAUACAAAAUGAAAAAAAAUAAAUGAAAAACAUUAUCCCCCAUAGAGAGUGGGUUUAACAUCGUAAUUUAUAUUUGUUUAUUUUAUAUCGUAUUGGAAAUUCAAUGUAAAUAAAAAAAUAUAUAUAUAUUUCACGAUCGAUUUUCUCGUAGACUAAACAGUUUACAUACCCGAUAAAUAAAACGAAAACUACACUAAAAAAAUAAUAAAAACACGGAUGAAUGAUACGAACGAUUUGCUACUCGAAUUUCAAAUCAAUUAUAAAGUACACGAAUAACAUUAUUAUAUGAAAUAAGUUUUGAUAUUUUAUUAAAUAUUAUUAAAUACAAUUUCGAUAAGAUGUUAAUGCAUUAUUAUUUAUUUAUAUUUAAGAUUCUGGGUAAAACAAGGAAUGUAUUGGUUUUAUUAUGACGUGUUUUUUUUUUUUCCGAAAACAGUUUUUUUACCAACAAUUUUGUUCCGAUCAAAAACUUUAUAGGAACUUCCUUGCAGAAUUUUUUAUCUAGUUAGUGUAUUGAAAAGGUUAUUUUUCUAUUUUCCUUGUAGCUUUCGUAAUAAAUGGGAAAAAUUGACAACUUUCUGUAUAAUUCUUGUUUAUUUCUGGGUUACCUUGGCAACAAAGGAAAAAAGAAUUUAAUAUUGCUAAUGGAUAAGUGGCAUAUUUGUAAGUCGGAAAUUAAGAAAGUAAGUUACAUAAAGCUAUAAAAUUAAUAUCUAACGAAAUACAAUGUUGAGCGAAAUUUGGUUAUACAUGUUUUAAAUUGUAAUUUUUACGAUUUUCGUCAAAAUUUGAGCUUGAAAACCUUAUAAAAAACUACUACAUUCAGCUCAACUUGUUUAUCAUUAAUACAACUUAAAAUUAAUCUCAUGUUAAAUUUUCAAAUAUUUUUCUGUUUGGUCAAAAAAUUGUAACCACAUAAAAAACCAAAUAGAAAUGUAAAAACUAGAAAAUGUCAAAUACCUAUUAAAUAGUAAAUAGUUCAAUCAGAAAAUAAUUAAACAGUUAAUGCUCAAGUGUAUGUUUCAUAUUGUGAAAUUUAAAAAUAUAUGUAUAGACUUUAGUGAUUUUAAAAAAUUGUACAAAAUUUUCGUCCGUCACGUAGUUCUGACAUUAAUUUCUUUAACUUUCCCCUCGAUAUUGAUCAAAUGUGAUAUAAUAAAUGCAAUUCGUAUUUAUUUAUUUUAAUUACAAACCGGCAUUGGCCCAAUUGAACAUGGUAACAUUAAUAGUGACAAUAUAAUAAAAUAUACAUAGGAAUAGCAAUCUAACACAACAAUAAUUAUACAUACAUAAAUGAAGAGUUUAAAGUUCCAUACACCAGUAUGGUGCCUCGUACAUGUAAUAUUUUUGUAUGUCGCAUGCGUAUGCAGCGAUAAAAAGGCUCAUUUUGACCAUAAUUUGUCAAAUUUUUUGAAAGUUUAUGAACGAUUACGAAAUGGAGCAGCAGAACUACGUGACGGACGAAAAUUGUGUACAGUUUUUUAAAAUCACUAAAGUCUAUACAUAUUUUUUUAAAUUUCACAAUAUGAAACAUGCACUUGAGCUUCCAUUCAAAAUUGUAUCUCUGAAAAAUCAUUUAAAAUAGUUGCGUAAAAUGUUUUGAAUAAAUAUAUGUUUUUACCGCUGAAAAUCAUUAGUGAGACGUGGUACUCGUAAUGGUUAUGUAGUAUUAUUAUAUUGAUAUUUUCCAUUUAAAAACACUUCACUGCGCAUAUUUCAACUCAAGAGUGUCCAAGUUCGAUGUACUCUAACGGCAUCGAAACGAUAACGAUAAAAAUUGCCAAAAGUGAUGUGUCUACAUGACGGUCGUAUUUCAUUUAAUAUUGGAUUGUUUUUAUCUUUUAGAGUCGUAUAGGAUGCGUGCAAAUUAGUUAGGCAACAUAAAAUUGCAUUAUCAAAUCAACUAUAAAAAAUAACGUUACUCCGAACAUAAACUAUUGCGUUUAAAUUGAAAUAUUAAAAUUUGUCACAAAUAAUAAAAUUAAAAAGACAGGUAAUUUUUAAGGAAAUAAUUUGUGUUCAUGUGAAAACACAAUAAUGUCCAUUGGAUAUCCUGUAUAGAGUAAGAUUUUGUUUAAUGUGUACACACUAGAAAUUAAAUGGUAAAUUAUUGAAUUAGUAGCUAUUGUAACAAAAUAUUCUAUUUUAUAUAGAAAAUACUCUUACUGGUGGGGAAGGAGUACCUAGGGGAAGAUUUGGUACAUCUGCUGGGAGAGUUAUUUUUAAGAGAGAGACAGUGAACACGCAGUGGAUAUGUACUUCAAAAUGCUUUGUAAAAAGGAGAAUAUUUUCGAGCACUAUGCGCAAAUUUUUUUUUAAAGCAUCGUUGUAACCAUGUUAGUUUGUUUUCUUUAAAUAGCCCUGUAACUUUUUGAUACGGCGUUUAUUUUUUCAGAAUAAAAUUAUCUAUGCGCUAUCUAUAGCAGGAAUAUUCUCCCUUUCUUUUUGAAUUUCGCUAUUUGCGCUUAAACACUAAUUUCAACUGAAACGCCACAAUUUGUGCGUUUUACGUAACGUAAUUUCGCUAUUAUAUGUUCUCCUUUAAUCAGACAGGGGUCUGAGACAGUAAUGCGUGUGUGGCGACCUCUUAAAUAUAGGCAUUCAUUUAUCGGUCGCGAACGAUAUUUUAAAACGUUAACUGCCGUUGUUUUAUAUAUAGACGAAAAUACCGUUUUGAAAUCUUUUACGUCCCCGCGAAUCCACACAAAGAUUUGUAUGGUUUUUUUUUUGUACGCAUUGUGCAGAAAGACGCGUGUGUGUGUUUAUAUUUUAUUUUUUUUUUUAUUUUUUUUGUAAUGACUUCACUUUCUAAUGCUUUUGUGAUUUGAAUACACGCGUUCAAAGAAAAUGUUUAUACGCACCUAUUAUAUAGCACCGUAUAGCGGGUAUAUUAUAUAAACUGAAAACGCAUAAACCAUAUACGGACGAAAGCGUUUAUAAUAUAUUUGUCCGUUUUCAUCCGCUAAGACAAUAAUAUACUGAAUCGUAACGGCGUGUGUGUCUGUAAAUACUCGUAUUAUAGAAAUACAAUUACGAUCUAUUAAAUAAACGUUAUUCAGUAUAACAAUGUAUACUUUUUAUUGGAUAAAAUAGCUGACAUACGACCCGGUAUUUCCCGGGCCCAAUCCUUUCAAUAACGGAAAUCCAUAAACCGAUAAAAACCGAAAUGGCGAAAUGGCGCUAGCACCGUGGUUGAACUGAAAAUGCGAACCUAAUUCAGAACUCAACUAAUCGUUUAGUGAAUAAACCGCAUUUCGAAAUUCGCAGCCGUGUGACAGGAUAGAACGCUGACAAACUGACAGGCAGACACAUAGACAAAUUCACAAAGUAUAACUUAAACGUGACUCCCCAGUCCACCCUUAUUCCUAUUCACAGUUAAUCGUCGUUAUCGAUAAACAUUUUUGACAGAGACAACCAAAUUAAAUAAUAAUUUAACAGCUAUUUUUAUCAAUGUUGUUAAAAAAAAAUAUUAAAUUUUCGUUUCAAGCAUACCAAAAACCAUGUGUUGACCACCCUCGAGGGGUUAAAUUUUGAGAUAAAAUGUAUGCAGAGAUCUUCCUCAUGUUUUUUAUGUCAAGUGCACAGAGUUUGAUCACGAUCGGAAUAAAACUAUAGUUUUGUACACAGGGUGAUUUUUAGAUUCCGAGCGUAUUUUAUCAUGAACCAGUAAUUUUCUCGAAUGAUUUUAAGUGAAUUUGAUUUCUGUUUUUAUCAUUAUGGAAUCGGUUAAUCUAUAUUUUAAAACCAUUUUUAAUUUUUUUUUCAUGUCAUUCAAAUGAAAAAAAAAAUUGUUCAUCUCAUUUACUUAUUGUGUUCAAUUUAACAAGUAUAGAUUGUAAUCAAUAGAACAAAAAAAGUUAACCCAUACUCUAUAUACUUACCUUUAAUAAGUACAUAUAUACCUAUAUACCUUUAUACUUUUGUUUUUCAAAUAGGAAUUUUUCUUUUUGAAUAUAGAUUUGAAUAGAGAAUAUUUUUAGUGUUGAGUGGUGAUAAAAAAUAAAAAAUUGUUUUAAAAUAAAGCGCAACUGAUUCCAUAAUGAUUAAAAAAAAAAAAUCAUAUUCACUUAAAAUCCUUCAAGAAAAAUGCCUGUUCAUGAUAAAAAAAAAAAAUCGUCCUAUAUAUGGAAGUAGACGCCGGACACACAGACAGAAUUUCAAUUUUGUAUAAUAUAUAAAGUUGGUGAGUUGGAUGAGCAGUAUAUAAAAAUGUUGGCUCCCUUCAGGUAAAAAGUUCAACGUGCCACUGAUGUUUUGAAGCGGUGAAAUGAAUUCGAUCAUUGAGCGGUCACUUCACGAUUUUUUUUUUUUUUUGAGAAUAUUAGAGGUGCUCAAUAUAAAAAUAACUAAAUAUUGGUACUCGUUACUACUAAUUUAAUAAAAAUAGCUGAUAAUAUUCUAAUAUGUAUAUUGGAAAAAAAAAAGACAUCCUAGGAUAAUGAGGACGGGUGCAGCCACCGUUCUAGGUAAUUUAAUGUAUACCUGUAAACGACAUAAACCAUUGCUUACGAAAAAAUGAUUUUUACUAUUCAGCUACUAUUUGACUUUUAUUUAGAGUUGAUUUUUAUAACAGUUCUAAAUAAAUUGUACCCGCAUGAUAAGAUAAUAAAAUACAUUGUAAUAAAUGGUAAUUUUUUGCUCCGUGGUUGUGUUACAUAGAUACCGUGUCCAAAUGUGGCUAAACAAUAAUAUUGUUAUUGUAUUAUUUUCAUCCGAGGACAAACGCGCGUCAAAACAAAUUUACUGCUGUAUAAGUACAAUUCAGUACGCCAAUAAAACGUAUUGUGCAGCCGCUGUUGUUUAUAAUGUUUUUUCGCCAAUAAAAAUCGAUUCGGAGUUUCAUUGAAGAAACACGCGCGUUUGCACACGCGUGACGCCGGCCACGCAGUUUCAAAUCCGUUUGCGAAGUGUGUACGAUAUCGUAUUAUACCCGUGCUUAAUAAUAAUUGUAUACGCACGUGUAUAUAUAUAUAUAUAUAUUAUUAUUAUUAUUAUUAUUAUUAUUAUUAUUAGGCACAUUUUAAGCGUGCGGCGUGUCCAUUGACCAUUGUUGUCCGGCGCAUUGAAAAGUACGCAGCAUACGCUCGAAUCGUCUCUAUUAUACAUGUUUAAUUUAUUGCAAAACAUCGUAGAUAAAUACCUGUAUAAAGCGCGUGGCUGUGUCGUAGAUAAAGUUACGAAGGGUAAUGCGGCGCCCACGCGGUAUAACACAUUUUCUGCAGUCCGGGUCCUUCGGUUUUCGACUUUUUUUUUUUUUUUUUUUUUUCUUCUUCUCCCGCUACACCCGUUCAAAACGAAUAAUCUUUACUAUCGGCCAAUUCUAAAUAUGAUUCGUGUACCGUAUUUCGAGCCAAAUAACGAUAUUAUACGUACAUCAUCAUUUUAUUUGUCGCGCUAAUUUUGGAUUGUACACUUUUCUUUUAAAGUAUUAAUCAAUUUCGGUGUAGAUACUUGUACUGAUUUUCUAGAGGAUUUUUUUCAAAGAUCGCAAAACAAUUGUUGUAUUUCCUAUAGACUCUCGUUUUGUUUAGUGUUUCGAAAUCCGUACCCCACGUAUUAUUAAAGGUAUAGUUAUUAAGUAAUACAAGUCAAAGUAUAUACGAGUAUCGUGUACGUUCUUUAUUGUCGAACAAUAAAAAUAAAUUAUAGUAUAAUACGGAAAACGUGAAAUACAUAAUAUUAUUACCAUCAUAAUAUAGGUGGCCAUAGUCAUAAUAUCUGACAAUAUUACCAUCGAUAAUUAUAAUAUAACAACCGGCUCCGUUCACUACGGUAAUAAUUAUGUGACCUUACUAAGAAAAAUGAAAAACCGAUAGAAAGUCCGUGGAUAAUAUCGACUGUCCAAUUUAAGGCUACGACAACUCAAAAGAGGAGUUUGUUUCGGGGGAGUGAUUUAAAAACUCAACGAAUAUAUUUUAGUCAACUAUAAAACAAAUAAAUUAGGUAUUCAUACAAGUUUUGGUGCACACGUAUUAUGUCAUUACAUUAUGUUUUUCUUGUUAUUAAUAUUGUACAAAUACACGAGUUCAAUUCAAUAGGUAUAUAGGUACUCGAUUCACUUUAGAACUGGAUAUGUUAAACCAAAAUAUGUCAUUUUAAAAUAAAUCAAGAGCUCUUUAGUGCGUAAUAAUUAACUAAUUUGUAUUGUGGUUUUGAAAACGAAAAUAAAAUGGUGUAGUUAACUCAUUUUUUUUUUUCUAGUCGUUGCAGUUUUAAACUGGAUAGUAGAUAUAAUAUUAUUAUUUGAUUUCCACGUUCUUUUUUCAUCGUACCAUAUCGACAAAUAAUAUUAGUAUACUAACAGACGCGCUAUUCCAGACGAAUAUUUCCGUGACGUCGUGUGUCGUGUCGCGUCCGCAAAUAUAAUAUAUUAUGCUGAUAACACCGAAAAAUCAACUGACCAUAAUAAAAAAAAAAAAAAAAAAAUCAUGAAUUUAGCCCAACUCUGGAAAUUUCCUGGUAGGUUGGUUACUUAAAUGGUACCAAGAUUAUAAAACAGCGGCCAAUGCGAUUACCGCAACACACCGCAAGGUACACGACACGACACACGCCUUUAGUCGCCUUUAAUCGCCUAUAUAUAAUAUAUACAUAUAGGUACUUCGACGCAAGCCCGAAUUGAGUUUGGGAGAAGUAGAGGUACCGGGUCACCGGGCUCACGGAUAUAAAGUGCCCAUUGUGUCAUCAUAUACGUUUACAAAUUAUUAGUAGUGUACAAAAAUGUUCAUAAAGAGGGUAUAUUUUCGAAUUCUGCACGGGGCCCACUACUAGACCCAUAAACCCAUAAUCCGGCCUUGACUCAACGCGUUUACCACGCCUAGAGGAUAUUUAUUUUUAUUUUUUACAUGUUUUUUUUUUUUACUUUUUUUACGCGGCAACGGUCCGUGUGCGUGUCCUUCUCCGCGUAUUUAUACUUUAUAAUAUUGUCCCGAUAUUAUAGAGAGGGAAACGAGACUGGUUUAGCACGUGUAUUUAAUACACCGGUAUUGUUUGGUUAUGGUUACCUAUAGUGUAUUUAUUUUUUUUAGUCGUCGUUUAAUACAUAUAUAUUAUACGGGGUGGCCACUUUUAUCGCGAAGUGGCUAUUAUUAUCAGCGCUACAUUUUGAGUAAAAUAUCUGGUUUUAAUUUUUCUAUUCAAUGAAAUAUUAAUAUAAAUUAUUAUUUACAAAAAAUUCCCCUUAUUCCAGUAUUUACAGCGUAGUAUCAACCUAAAAUUAUCGAUAAUAAUAUACCUAACGAGCUGUUUCCUAAAAGUAUUCGUAGAAACUUGAAAUUUUGACAAAAAACUUAUAUUUGCUUUUUCUAAAAGUGGUAAAAUUUUCAAAACACUUGGUGUAUUUUUAAGCUAUUUAUAGACAUUUUAAUUUUUCGAAAUUUGUACUUAAUUAUAUUACUCGGUAAGUACUCCGUGGAUAAAAUUGCUAGACCAAACAGUUUGAAAAUUUAAUAGAAAGUCCAUUGUACUUUGUGGUCGUCGAAAAAAAUAUCAAAAUGAAUAAAAAAAUGUUGACGAAAAUCGUAAAUAUUAUGGUUAUUCAAAAUAUUUAUAACAGAACUCAGCUCAGAAUCGUUUUUCGGUAACAAUGAUUAAUCGCUGCGCACAGAUAUACAUUAGAGUCUCCUCUAUAUCCUACCUCCCUAACUUUUCACUUACAACAAUGACCCACCCACCCGUGCGAAGUAUGUCCGUCUUUUUUUUUUUUUAUGUCUGAUAUUGUAAUCUGUUUCCCUUAUUUUGUGGUCUAAAUAUUGAUCUGUAUGACGUAUUUGAAUACUGAAAAUUAAAAAAUCUUUAGUCACUAAUUCACUAUGAUGUACCUACAUUUUGUUUAGCAAAGCUAUAUAAAUGUAUAACUUAUAAUUUAAGUCAUUUAGAACGCCUGUAUUUAGAUUUAGUCAUUUAGUAGUUUACAGAAUUUAAUUCGCUCGUAUUGAAAACUAUACAAAAUUGACUAAAGCACUUAUUUCUUGGGACCAAAUAGAUAAACGUUAAUUCUUGAUCAUAGAAACACCCUGUAUAUACGUCUAUUACAAGUCACGUGUGUGUACAAUGUACCUACAUAAUAUAUAGCAUUAAAAAAUGUAGGUUACGCGGGUGGCGUUCAUAACAUUAAAGAUAAUAACGAUAUAAUAUAAUAUACCUUACAGUGUGGAACUGGUGGUUAAUUAUAUCUAGUCGGCCGAUAGAUUUAUUAUUAUUGUUUUUUUUUCCCCGUUUUCCUUUUUAAUCGAUUUUUUUCCACUUUGGAACAGAUUAAGGUAACAACAAAGACUGCAUGGUGAACGUAUACCUAUAAAAUAUAUACAGAACAAAAAAAUAUGACAAACUAGUCUCGAUAGAAUGAUGAUUAAGCAAAUUCGCGACGUCGGCUCCGUGCGUCGGUGAACACAUAUAUCAUACGUAAUAAUAAUGUGUGAGUAGUUAUACGAAUCCGUUCAGGACCAGCGGUAACCGUUAACAAUAUAAAAUGACUCCGAUAGCGCGACUAUAUCAAUAGGUAAAUGUAACACGCGACGGGUGGGUAGGCUUCAUUUCUACUUUUAUUAUCGUCGUCGAAUAUUUCACUAUCCUUUGUGGAAAAAUAGAAAAAAUAAAUGGGAAAAAAAGAAAUCGAUAUACUCGUACAUUAUUGUGUACAGAAGCCGCGAGUCAACGUAAACUGUAAAAUUUAAAAAUAAUAUUUCUCGAGAAAAUUACGUGUGUAAAAUACACAUUCAUCACAUCAAACUUUUUGUUUAUUCGAAAACAAUAAGUUUAACGACCUCUGGGAGGAGGGGAGAUGAUAAAGAAGGUGUCGCGAAAGAGGCAUUCAGAGAUCCGUUUUAGCGCCAAGUCGAUUUUGGUAAGUCAAUUCAAAUUUACCGCACUUGUGCUUUAUUGUGCGGAUGUAAAAGUGUUGUAUCGUGUUGAUAAAAUUAAUUUUACAAAUGUGAAAAAUUGAUUCGUUUUAAAGCCACCUCCAUUCGAUCACUUCGCAAGCUCGUGUCAAAACUUAACUUAACCAUCAGUUUUUUUUUUUUUUAUGCAAAACCACGUCAUGUAGGUCACAAUAAUCACAAGAACAACAAAAUAUGACAAUUUGGCACGCGCACAAUUGGAAUGGACCAAUCACAAACGGGAAAUGCUUAUUAGGUGCUGAAUCAAAUACCAGAGUAACGCCCGGUACAUAUGUAAGGGGUCGUGUAUAGGCAAUUUUAAAGUCAUUUUUAAAGAAGAAAAUGUUCAAAUCUUCGCAAUCGUGCAAAACAGAAAACAGUUUACAUACGCUUUUCAAAGUGAUUAUUUAGAAAUCAAACAUAUAUACGAGUACCGACAUGAAAUUUAUAUAAAUUUAUAUAUUAUGUAGAUAUUUGAAUACACUUCGGAUGAGAAACACGUUGUCACCGUUCUCUAAAUAUUAAAAAUUAAAAAACACAACUCUUUACUCUUUACAUUUAUUAACAACUAAAGUAUCAUAAUAUAUUAUAAUUAUAAAAAAACGUCGAUGAGGUUGUCUCAUAUUGCGAGAUUCACGACGUUAAAACAGGCGAUAUUUGCCAAAAGUUUAACUUUUCACAUACUAAACCCGAUCAAAGAGGAGGGGGUAGGUCAAUCGACGAAAAAAAAAAUACUACUUUUUUCCCUUACAUUCUCAAAUGCACCACUACAGGUAGGUAUAUACAGUUAUAACAACAUGCAAAUGAGAUAGUGUAUAUUUUAAAAUUGUUUUUUUUUCCUCGUGUAAUAAAUUUCACGAAAAUUACAAAUUACAUAUUAUUAUAUAUAUACGUACUUAUUUAUAUCUGAAGUGUAGCUCUAUUAAAAUAAUUGUUCGUCUGCGUAUACAUUUAUUAUUGUUAUUUUGGCAGUCAGUCCUCCUGUCCGAUUGUAGGCGUGUGUUAUACAUUAUCGACUACCUACACGGAUCAUAUUGUAUGUAAUAUCAUUUUUCGUGUAUACGGAUAAUAAUAAUAUAAACGAAUUCGGAUUUGAAACGAAUUUCGUCAGAAUAAAAAAAAAAAACAACAACGUUUACUGCUUGCGGUAACGAAUUAUUCCGAGAGUUUAUUGUGUUGCGUUUGAUACAUGAUAAAUCGAUUUUCGAAUAUUUUUUUUCCUAAUGUAUGUUACCGUACAUUAUACAAUAUUUUACCAUUGUUUAUAAAUACUGCCAGUAUUUAUAAUCAACGAUAUUAUAUUAAGAGCUGGCGUUACAGCGUUUUGCCCACUUAGGUGAACUUGGCCCUUCCAAAGCCAUCUCAAAACCCACCUAUAGAGUAUUUGAAUAAUAAUUUUGUCUUUAAUAUUAGGUCUAAAACUCAUUCGGCCCAAACCCUACGUAUUUUCAGACUCUACACGUAUGAAAUAACGACCCUAAGUUUAACAUUAUAAUAACUAGAGCUCGGGACUUAUUGCACAUAAAAUUAACAAAAAAGCCUUGAAAAAACAAAUGGUAAAAGGGUUUAAGUGUUUUUUGUCUAACGACUCUAAAUUAUUAAAUAUCAUUUUCUAACACGACACAAAUUAUUUUUUUUAAAUAAAAUUGUACGUAUUUAAAAAAAGUAACUUUGGGUCAACUUUAGUUUUGUAGUUUUAGAAAAUUGUAUAAGUUAAGUUAAAGCCGUUAGAGGGGAAAUAUUUAAACCAUUCUGCCAUUUUCGAUUUUUAACAUUUUUUUCAGAGCUUUUUUAACGUUUAUAAGUGGUUUUUUGUGGAUUUUAAGUUCAAUUAGUUCCGAGCCCUAAUAAUAACUAAUAACAAUACUAUAAUCUGCAGAUAUGGUCGAGUCUAAAAAGGUUUUGUAAAUAGCGAACGAUGUUUAUCGCGACUGUGACAUGAAUAUUAUGCGUAUGGGCGGUAUAUCACAAUCCAUUAUACCAGCCUAAAAAUGUAAAAUUGUGUAUAGUUUGCAACACACGAGCGUGAUUUCCUCGCUCGAACGCGAAGACGACGGUUUUUUUUGCUUUCGCCGUUUAAUUUACGUUGUCUUCGUCGUCGUCGUUUGAGGGUCUGAGAAUUACGAAACAAUCUAGCAGUGAUAUGGACAUUUAUAUCAUGGUACGAGUUCAAAUAUGAAUAUUAAAAAUACUUUUUUUUGCUCAUUUUGAUUUUUUUUUAAUAAUUUUUGCUCGUUUCUUUCUAUUUGAAAAAAUAAUUUUGAAGUUCUUAUUUUAUUACUUAAAGACUUGUUAAACUUUUCGUGGGCUAAUGACGGUUUUUAAGCACGUUUCUGUUGAUUUAAAUUUUUAAGUGCUAUAAGUCCCGAACCCUGAUAAUAAUAUUAUGAUUUUCCAAGUCCGAUUUCAAUUUAUUUUACUUGAUUACAGAUUUGUAUCGAUGUUUAAAAAAAGAAAAAUGUGAGUAUCUUCAAUAUUUUCUCAAUCGAGUAAAUAUUAUAAUAUUAACUGCCUACCUAUUGUUGUAGUUAUUUGUUUUGGUUUUAACUCUCAAGUAGUGCGUAUAAAUUAUCGCGCGCGUGCUGUUCUAUAGUAUAGUUAAUAUGCACGUCAUGUAUACAGAGUGAUUAUUUUAUCAUGAACCAGCGAUCGUCUGCGAAGAUUUCGAGUAAAUUUGAAUUUUGAUGAUUUUUCAGUCAGUAUCGAAUCGUCUUACAAUAUUAAACUAAUCGACUUUUGAUUUUCAAAAGAAAACCAAAAAUUAAAUUAAAUUAUGAUUUAUAAUUAUAAUUUUAACAGGUAAUAACAUCUGUAAUAAUAUGUUAAUACGCACAACUCAACUUCGUAUGUAACCGAAUGUAUCGCGUUUAUGAGUUACAACAGUUUAAAGUUUAAAAGACCGGGAGCGAAAAUCAAUAUUUGAUUUGAACAAUUUUAGAUAACCUUUGUUUCUCACUUCUCCAAACCUAAAUUGUAUCGUUUAAAUUACUCAUUCUCCUUUCGAUUGUGAGCUUAAAAACUCGGCUUGCUAAUUGAAAAUCAAAACAAAUCAGUAAGCGUUUACAAUGUCAAUAGUACUGAAGUAGAUCCCUAGAUCCUUUGCUAAGGAGAGGGGGGGGGAGGAAUACUAAAAUAUGCACAAAUAUUUCUUAAACACAUUUUAUAAAAUGCAAAAAAAUUUUUUUGACAAUUGUUUUUUAGUAAUUUUAAAUUAGUAGGUAAAUUACGAAUAUGAAUAAUUAAUUAAUUAGUCGAUAAAAUAAACUUGAACAAAGACUACGAUUGAAUGUAACUACUAUAUGUAUAUUCGAAAUUAUCACAUGGACAACUGCCUCUAUGGGAAUAUCCCGGGUGCAUCCCGUUUUCAUUUUUUAUCUUUUACAUAAACCGUAACCUAGUACCGAAGUAUAGUGUCGUAAUUUUAAAAAUGUUCAAAAAAAAAAUUUAAAAAUUAUAAUGUUCACAUGUAUAAAAAAUUUGGAAUACUUUAAAGAAUAUAUUUUGUAUUCUGUAUCUAUUUUAUAACACUCAACCAACCAUAACGGGGAUAUAAUCACUAACAGAUAAUAACCGAAUAUUUUUGGGCUGAAGUCAGUUCACUAUUGGUAACACUAAAUUGACCGGGACGCACACGAGUGAUGUACCUUAUUCCGGACGCACUCGCGGAACAUACGAAAAGGGUGUCAUUUCGGAACGCACUCGGGUAACCGCGGCCCUCGUUUGCCGUCACGCCCGCUGAGGACGUGCCUGCAGCGCGGAAUAAUGUGGCAAAAGAAAUUUUCGAAAGAAAACGAUAUUAUGUAAACACGAUAUUCUGUAUGACGUCGUGGAAAAUAAAUCGAAAUCGAAAUUUACUAAAAAUAUUUCGUAUACUAUAUGAGUGUAAGUACAUAAAUAUAGAUAAUCGCCGGUUCGUGAUAAAAGAAUCGCCGCUUAAUGUUGUGUAUAAUACCCAUAUUAUAAUAUCGAGUAUGUAUUAUAAUAAUAUUAUUGUACACACAACGAGAUCCCGGGAGAGGAGACGGAAAAAAAAAAAAAAAUUAUUUACAAUCGCGGCGCGGCGGCGGUAUUAUCUCUCCUCUUCUGAGACGGACCGUGGGAAUGCGUUAACCGAACGCCCACAGUCGUACUCUCGCGGCACAGGUAUACCGCCGACACCGACUGGUUUCCCCGCCCCCUCUCCUCCAUUCGUUCGCUUUAUUUUACGCGUAAUAUUGGUCUCCCCGGUCGAGACCGCUGCUGUGAUCCCGACGGAUUUUGUCGUUAUCACACGUUUUUUAUUCCGUUUUUUCUGUUCGGUACGAGCAUACUUUUACACCAUUAUUACAUACCUAUAUAAGCGUGAUUUAUAAUAAUCAGACGUCCGAAAAAUCCGACUUUCGGUCGGUGUCCGCGAGGGAAAAAAACUACCGCGAACUACGGGGGGGAAAAAAAAAAAAAAUCUCCUUAACAUUUUCAUAGUAUUGUAUUCGUUUUGGACAAACGAUAAGUACUGCACUAUAACUGCAAUCGAAAUCAAAUAUUGUUAAAUAUAACGAAACUAUGAUAAUAAUAUGUUUUUUACUGUACUGUACUGAUCCGCGUCUAUUUUUUUCGGGUGUCGUUGUUUUCCACCGAAAUGAACCGUUUUCUUUUACGCCAAAUUAUUUAUUAUACAGUAGUAUCAAUCGUGAGCAUAGGAACGGGUGACCAAUAUAACUAACGUGUAUAAUAUAAUAUAACGGGUAUUACGAGUUAUAUAUUGUAAGAUACAAGUUUAAUUAUUUUGGUGUUACCAAAAAUAAUAGUAUAAUAUAGUAUAUUAUUGUGACAUGCCUGUAGAUUAGAACACAACGUACACGUUUUUGUCACUCACGCGCUAUUUAAUUUAAAAAAAAAAAACUAGUUUCUUUUAUCUAGUAACUCAAGAUCAACCGAGAUAAGUCAAUAGCUAUCGAUCAAACGUACCUACGUAAUAAUAUUUCGCAAUAUUAUUCCGUUUUAUCUGAUACUAAUAUCAACUUAUUCAGUGGUUGUUUUAUUUGUAUUGUUCGCCCUAUCUUACACCCGAUGCUAUAUUGCAUGUACAUUGUGGCGCGAGUCAGCAAAUCAACUGCCCACCAGCUUGUCUGCCGACGUACGAAAAAUGCUUUAAAUUUAGCAUAGUUCAUAUUUACACAUUUUAAACAUUGUAUAAUAUGCAAUAAAUAAUUUGAUAGAAACGUGCGUUGGUGAAAAAGGGAUAAGUUCAUUUCGGUGGGAACUGGUCCCGUCCAUUUUUUUUAAGAUAUUUGUCAAAUAUAUAAAAUAUGGUAAAAUGAUAAAGGAUAUCUACUGUGAUCCUUAUUUUAUUUUUGAGCGUCACGUGCAGUUUUGACGACAAAUCGUUAAGGAAUUAUUGGUUAUUCAUAAAAAGACGUAAAUUAACAAAACAAAAAAAAAAACAAAAUGGUUUGCUUUUUUUUGUUAUAAUGAUUCAUGAAGUAUCUAUAUUAUAAUAGAAACACUGUACGUGAUAGUUUUCUUGACGUUUUACACACAGGCAGUCCAAGCUCGCACUCGCACAGACCCCGCGCUUUUAGAAGCCCCUUCUAGUCAUGGUCAUAACCAGAUAGUAAUUUUCGCAUGAUUAUUAAGAAAAAUACCAAUUAAAGUCAAUGAACUUAAUUUUAGAAUUGCAUUGUAAAGGUUUACCUACGCUUGUUAUUCGAAUGUGAAAAACCAAAAAUAAAAGCUUAUUGAGGCCCGGCAAAAAUGACUGCACGUGAGGGUCUCGAUACUUCCCAAGCCGGUCCUGUCUACAGUCUACACAUAUCAUAUGAUACGUAACAAAACUACAAUUAAAAUAUAAUAUAAAUCAUGUAUAUAUUAUUAGGUAAAUUAGGUAAACAAAAGUAGGUAAACAGAGAACGUCAUACCUGAAUCUACUGGUCUCCGUAUUAUACAAACGCACAGAGUAGCAAAUUUGCGUUCAGCCGGACAAAUUUCAUUAGACACAUUUUGUGCCGUUAUAUUUGUAAUAUUAACCGUUUCACUCCCGCUGUCCUUGUACAUGGACACAUAAUUCUAAACGCUGUAAAUGAUUAAACGAGAAUAUAUUAGUAUCACUUGUUACUCUAUUAUGAUAUAAUUUAACAAAAAAAAUUAAAUUCUGGGAGCGAAUUGACAUACUGACAUAUAAUACUAUGCUAUCCGGAUUUAAAGGCUAGGGUACUAUAGGUAUAUAGUAGUACCUUUAUUAUGCAUUUUGAUUCGAAAAUAAAUCAUACUACGAUAAAUCAGACAAAUAUAUAUGUAUAUAAGACAUUAUAGCGGUGUACCGCAAAUAUUUCGUGUUCGUUUUUCAACACGGAGAAAAAAAACUAGCAGGUCACUUUACAAUAUUAAUAGACUCUCUUGUGUAUAAUACCCGUAUACGAGGGAAUUCAAUUAUUAUAUUUAUUAUGCGGCUGUUGCUUGCGCAGAUUUUUUCGUAAUUUAUUAUAUACUAUCAAAUAAUAAUAAUAAUAAUAAUAAUAAUCUACACUUCUAUACAAGACCAAACCGAAUUAUUACAGUCUAUAAUGUUGUUAUUAAAUUCGUUGUUCAAAUCUCGCGGUGUAGGAUGGUAUUCCGUGUGUAAACCGAAACACGUUUCCGCAUACAAAUCGGACAAUAUUAUAUUAUUAUGAUUAGUUGGGUCCGUGGCGGUAUUAAAACAAGAAUUUUAAUUUCGAAACUUUUUUUUUUUUUUUUCUAACAAUCGACAACCGUUAUACCUACGAAAAAUUACGACAGAGUUUAAAUUCGCAUUUGAUACGCGCGCCCAUACCGAGUAUAACGAAGAAAAAAAAAAACGAUAAUGAUUAUUAUUGAUGUUCUGUUCUACGCUAAUUUCCUCGGUUGAGCUUUGUGUGUAUAUUAUUAUAGGUAGGUAUAUUAUGUAUACCUGUUUGAUUUUGUAUAGUCUGCGUGUAGUUUGAAGAAUAUUCAAUUACCCGAAAGACUAAAUUUGUUUCAAAGAAAAAAAAAUGAUAUAUUCUUUGUUUCGCCGAGGGUUUUUUUUUUAUCGCAGAUUUUUUCAAGCAGAAAAUGUUUUAUUAUACUGUAAUCAUACAACCAGUUUACAAAGUUUUGUGUAGGUAGGUAUAACGGAAUAAUAAACAAAAUUACUUUUUCAAUUCUUAUUAUAUUCUUACAUUAUUAUUCUUCCUUAUAAGUAUAUUGUUACUCACAUUUUUCAUGAAUAAUAACCAUUUUUUCUGUCCGCGAAAAUAUUAACGAAAACCGUUGGAACCGUUCUUCCGGUUGCCGAAUUAUGAUUGUCGCGAAGCGAAGUGAUAUGAUGCGUAUUAUUCGGUAGUUUAAGCGGAAUCCCUACCGCGUUCCCGUGCAAAGGUACUCUGUUCCCCUACCUCUGACCGCGUUUAAAAAGGCGUCCCCUUUAAAAUAAUCAUUAAAAAAUACUCCGAAGGCGUUUAAGUUGAUCCAAAACAUACUAGAGUAAAUCUUAUUUUUACCAUUCCUUACGAAACUUUAUAAAGAUCACGCCACAUUUGCGUUAAUUAUUGUCUCCGUCUUACAGACGCAUGACACACCACAUAGACAUAAACACAAUUAGCGUUCAGUAAGACAUCUUUGUGUCGUAUAUAUUAGAGUGAAUUGAUCUAAACUUAAUGGUAAGAACAUUAUCUGUGCCCCCGCGUCAGUGAUUUUCCGAUAUUUUCAUAUUUAAGUGAGACACAAACCAUUUUGGAACUAUUGUAAUAUUUCACAUACCCAUAUCCAUAUCUCGCUUAAAAUUGAAAAUCAGCGUAGAACAGAAGAUAAAUUAUCAUUGUUAUCAUCAUUAUUUCCUCCGUUAUAAUUCUGUAAGCGUGCGUAUCAUAAUGCGAAUUUAAAUUGCUAUCGUUUGUUAGAAGAAAAACAAAUAAAGUUUCGGAACAUUGAAUUUCGUAUUGUACAAUCGCCACGGACCUAACUAAUCACAAUAUAAUAUUGAUUAAUUUUAUAUGGAAACGUGUUUCGGUUUACACACGAAAUACAAUCUUACACCGAGAUUUGAACAACGAGUAUAAUAAUAACAUUAUAGACUGUAAUAAUUCGGUUUGGUCGUGUAAAAGUGUAGAUUAUUACUAUUAUUAUUAAUAUUUGAUAGUAUAAUAAAUUACGAACAAAUCUGCGCAAGCAACAGCCGUAUAAUAAAUAUAAUUGAAUUCCUCUCGUACACACACACACACGAGUAAUAUUAUACACAAGAGAGUCUAUUAAUGUUAUAAAGUGACAUGCUAGUAUUUUUUCUCCAUGUUGAAAAAAAAACACGAAAUAUUUUCGGCACAACGCAAUAAUGUCUUAUACACAUAUAUUUUUUUAAUUUAUUUAAGUAUGAUUUAUUUUCGUAUUGAAAUUCAUAAUAAAGGUAUCUAUAUAUAAUACUACUAUACCUGUAGUAACCUAACCUCAUUAUUAUUUUACAUUAGACGUGUUUUGGCGUUCUAAAUAGUUCAGUGAUUAAGUUCACGGUUACAUAUUCCGAUCAGUAGACGGUUACUGAAUCGCCAAAACCAAAAUCCGUAAUUUUGAUUACCAACGUAUUUGAUAAUACUAUCACAAAUUAUUGUUGUCAGUUCACGUUGUUUUUCAAUUUUCAACUUAAAAUUGUUUUUCUCGCUCAUGUACUAGUUUUUUUUCAAAUUUCAUGUGAAAAUUAAUUAGUUAUAAUAGCUAGAAUAAUACUGAUAUAUUGUAUCGAGUUAUAGGUACCUUGUCUCCAGUUUUAGACAAAACUUCUCCGUUUUGAACUUAAAUAGACUGACCCUCAUUUUUAAUACAUUCAAUGUAAUAAAAUUCCAUUGCAACAACAAAUUUUUUUGAUAAUUAACAUAAAAACUAUGAACAAUACCUAAAACGAGAAUUAAAAUUCGAAUUUAUAAACUCACAAAUAUCACGUGGGUCAUGUAAUCGUGUUUAUCAAGAUUAAUUUUGAGUAACCGAACAUCAAUAAACACUCUUACCAACUCGAAAUAGACGGUUACGAAAUUCACUAAACAGUUUACUAAAAAAUUGUAACCGGGUUUCUGCAGUAACCAACUCGCAAAAACGUUAUCAGAAAACAAUUUACUCCCGUUUACAAUGCCCAAACACGCUUAUUAAUUCGUAUUUUAUUACUCGGUUUUCUAUCGUAUAUUUAAAUGAUUAAAAACCGACGUUUUUUAUUUUUUCGAAUUCCUCCGCAAUAUCCGCAGCUAUACUGGCCGCAUAUUAGAUUUACAAAACUAUCACCAAACGUUCUAUAUUAUAUAAUUGCAUAUUUAUGUCCAUGAGCGCAAUAAACAAACUUAGUUCACGGUCCAGAAGAAGGACUAGUGAAUAUCCAAAUAUAUGUAGAAUAACAUGGUUUACUUUAGGGAAAAUUUAAAUCGCUGUUGUAUCUUGUGCAAGGUAGAAAUACAAAUUCACCGUAAACCAAUAAGAUAUUUCUAAAAACCGUACCGAAUCCGAAUAAACAAAGCUUUCUCUGUAGUCAAGUUAUUAUUUUUACUUACUCUCCGUUUCAAAAGUUCUGUUUUGUUUUUUCUUCAAUUUUUAAGUCGUUUAUUCUGCCGUUUUAGAUUAUUUCAUUCUGUUCUUAUUCUUAGUGUAAUUUAUGAGUUUUUUUUUUUAAAUUCUAAUAAAAUUUACAUCACAGAAAAUGCUUGACACGCGCUCCAGUUACGUGGUGUGAUACAAUAUAGACGUCUGCCCGAAUCUUCGUUUUGUUAUUAAUCUGUUGCUGCGGUAAAAGAAAGUAAAACAGUUUUCCUCCCGAUAUUAUUGUAUGCACCGUUUCCAACGACGUGGGUACGUCUUAUAUUAUAUACGAUGCGAUAUAAAAAAAUUGUUGCUUAUAUCCGUUGUGGCCGGUUGACACGCGUACAAAAGACAAAACGGAGUUAAUAUUAUGCAAUCUUAAUAUAUAUAUAUAUACGUUUCUCUUCUGUUUUUUUUCUAUUUUGAUACGGCUAAUUGCGAAUUUACGAUGAAUACAAACCGACUAGAAUAUUAUAAUGCAACGAGUGCAACGAAAUAAUAAAAUAUUAUAUUCUAAUUAUGUCGUGUAUACGUCCCAUACAAAAAAUAUACAUGUAUUUAUAAGUACGGUCUGUUAUAUAAUAUAGUAUUAUACGAAUAUUGUUAGGUACAAUACGAGUCGUAAACUCAUUGUUCUGUUACAUUCUUCAAGACGUUCGCCAUAAUGGAUUAUUGAUGGUACUGCACACAUCAUGGGUCGGUCGUCGCAAUAUAAGAUAAUACAUUUGUCGAUGGGUGAAAAACGUUUUUUUUUUUUUUUUUACGCAACACGACUUGACACGCGCAAUAACAGUCGACCAUUAAAAUGGCGUAUCUUUUAUUGCGACCAGGUAUUGAUAAUCAUAUUGUAUACUUACUCUUGUUGUGAUUGCGGUCGUCGUGUUUGUAAGUAACAACUGCUGCAAUGAGAUUACGUAUCUACCUCUUCCGACGGGAGGCGUUUUUUAAGAGGAUUUCUGUGUCUCCAUACGGACACACAGUGAAGUCAAUGGAACACCUGGUAGAGUAAGAUUUUGCUUACUACUGCGUGUGUCCACUAUCAAAUAAAUGGUACCUAAAUGACUGAAUUAGUAAAGGUUUAGUUGGGUUAGGUUAAAACCCAAAAUUUUACUAUUUUAUGUACGCAUAACGACAACGCGUUUUCCGAGAUUAACUUAAAAAUUACAGGUCCGAUUUUCAUAUGUUUAUUUUUAACCUUUUUAAAACUCCGAUAAUAAAACAAAAAACAGUGUAUCGCUAAUUAAAUAUUACUGAACAACUUCGUCACGCGCUUUAAAUAUUGACUUAGUGACAUUUAAAUUACAUUCCAGCUUACUGGUCUCAGUUCAACAUCUUUUUUUUUCUACUAACACUAUUUUAUAUACUUUUUGAAUAUUAAAUACAAUGAAAACACAUAAUUUACAGUUUUACCACUAAUUUUUCCUUUUUGAUGUUCGAGAUAAACUAAAAAAAAUAUAGAAUCGAUUUUCAAAAUUGUAUUACUUUUUUUGUAAAACUUUAGCUUAUUAAAACUUUUUUGGUUUAUAAAUUUAAGGUCAAAAAGAUUUACAUUGUUUACAUUUUAAAAUAACAAAAAUAAUUUGUGUAAAAAAACAUCUUAUUUGCUUUGGUGAAAACGGAAAAAAAUACCAAUACAUUUCUCGCUUCUCUCAGAAUCUAUCCGUGUACACAUCUCAGUGAAACCAAUACAUAUUACUCACUACGCUUAAAAUCUUAAGUUGUCACACGUAUGCACAUCGGUAUUAAUCCAAACUAUGAUUUGUUUCACGAAAAUAAACAAUGAUAUCGCAAUUACCGUUUGUCAUCGUUCCGGCAUAUCGAAAUAUAAAAUAAUAAAUAUACAAUAAAACAACGACUCCCAAACCAAUACUUCCUAUAUUUCCUAUACAAACCUAUACUUCGAGCAUAUCAGUUGCUACACAUCAUAUUUUGGGUGGACGGCUGUUCCCGGUAAUUGAGAUUCGGGCCGGUCGGGUAGAAUGGGAUAUAAACAUUCAAAAGUUAUAGUUUUUAGUAUUUAGGUACCUAGUAAAAUUUAGAUACAAAAGUUGUUUAGGUGGAUGAUGGUGGUUUUGAAUUUCAAAUAUUGUGCUACACUAUAAAAAUAUAGUUUGAGCGCCACUGCUGAAUAAAAGGUUCACGAUGAAGUAUAAUUCGUAUAUCAUAAAUCAUAAAUAAUCGUGUCACGUGACACUAAUCGUGUGUCGUUCGGAAAUAUUCAUUGUGAUAAUAUUCGCGAUGGCGGUGAAAGUAUGUAAUACACACGCGAAUUAUUAUAGAUCCAAACAAAGCUUUAAUUAUUAUUAUUUAUUCUAUUAGAUUCUGAGCGCGACGCGGAAUGUAUUAUGUAUUUGUGUGUACUAUGAUGAUGGGUAUUUCUGAGCGCAUCGAAGGACAUAUCGGUUUUACUGCGGCGUAUGUGCUUUUUUUUCUGUCUGUUACCCAACUUUUCAACAGCGGAAAUCUCGCUCUAAUCAAAAUAAUGUCGAAAAAACAUUCUUAUAGAUCUAAUUGAUGCGUUGAGAAGUUUAUUUUUUACCAUGUAUUUUCUAAAAAAAACAUAAGAUAAACGUGAAAGUUUACGGAAAUUUAACAAUUUAAAUAUAUAUUGUUUGUUUGUUGUAAUUCAGUUAAAAAUCAUCGCAGAGACCUGCGAUUUUCACAAAAUACUUAUAUUAGCAUUUUCUAAACAUCCUCGCUAUUUUUAAUGUAUUUAUAAACUAUAACAUUUUCAAGUUUUUUUUUUAAUUAGGUUUUGUGUAGAUAAAAAUGAUUUGACCGAUCAAAAAUGCUUGAAAUUUUGGUAUUUUAAUGAAAAUCCUGAAAAUCACGGCAUUUCUAACUCGUUUAAACGAACUUCGCUCAGGAUCGUUUUUCUUUUGCAAUAAUUUUCGUUAUGUACAGAUUACAUACAGACAUAUAAAUCACAUAACUUUAUGUAUCAAAUCUUCCCAACAGUUGCACACCCAUCAUCAGUACAUCAGUUCUUUCUUGAUUUUGUCUUUCGUUUACACCUAUUUUUUCCCUGAAUCGAACGUUUCUGACCCAUUUUCGUACUAAAACUAAACGAUACCGCUCAGUUGGUUUUGGACUUUUGAGAAAUAAUAAUAAUAUCGCUACGAAAUGGUUGUAAUUUUUGUAAUUUUUUUUUUAAUUUUAAUUAAACGUUAGUCGAUCAAAAUUACAACCUUGUCCGCGACCAAUAAACCGAGCCCCGGGGUGCUCGUCGCACGACAACGUCGCAUUUUAUUAUUUAUAUAAAUAUACAAUAUUACGAGUGCAAAUUUUUUUAUUUAAUUUUUUUUUAUAUUAUGAAUACAAAAUUAAAAAUAAUAAGAAAAAUACGGUAUAAAAAACCGGAACUCGCGAUGAUACAGAGGUGGUAUUCAGCACGCGCCUGUAUAGUUAUAAAAUAAAACAAAAAUAACGCACGCCCAGAACAUUUUUUUUAUUAUUAUUAUUAUUUCUUGUACUUUAUUAUAAUCGAAACGUAUAAACGGUAACGGAUAAAUGAAACCGGAAGAACAACAUACUUUUUGUUUUUUUAUUAAUAACGCGUAUAUCAUAAUAUAUUAAAUUGCAUAGAUACGGUAUACCUUAUAAUAUUGUGACUUAUGAAUGUCUGAAUGUUUGUUUACAGCAAAAAACGAAAUUCUUUUUUAUAAUAUUCGUUUUUAGGUUCCAAAUGAACCGAGGAAUAUAUUGGUUUUUGGCUAUAUGAUUUGUGCUUGUCUUUUUAUCUGUUUAAAACUUUUCCACAAGAAAUCUUGCUCUUGCAAUCGUUAUAAAUUUUUCAAUUCGAUUAAAAAUAGUCGUAGAGAUCUGCAAUAUAUUCACCGAAGAUUAGUAUUUUUUAGACGUGAUACAAUAUUAUCAAAAUAUUCAGGAGAUUUUCGAGCAAUUUAUAUUCCAUUCAAAACGGUUAAGUUUUUUUUAUAUUUUAUUUGGAUUUAUGUGGACAUUAAAACUGUUUUGGCCGAGCAAGAUGCUCGACAAAUUUAGACAAGGUUUUCCAUAGGUUUUAUUUUGUGGUAAAAAAAAAGAAAAUGUUUAACGUUUUGUAAUAAUUUUUUUAUAAACGUUUAAAGUUUAAAGCGGUCUACCCUCAAAAUAUCCUUAGUAAUAUUAUCCCUUAUUUCAUAUUUAUAUUUUUUUAUUGCUAUUUAUUCUAUUGAAAAUAUUACAUAAUAUAAAUGUAUAAUUUGUAUUGAAUAAUAUAAAUAAUUCGAUGUUUUGGCAAUGUAUAUUUUAACUAACUGUAUUUUAUAUAAAAAUAAAUAAUUUUUUUUUUUUUUUUGUAAUGAAUAAUAGAUUAUUGAGAUGUUUUAAAGUUAUGCUUAGAUUAAAUUAACAAAAUAAAUGUUUCCAAAUAGCAUAACUUUAAUCAUAUACAUAACAAUAAACGAACAUAAUUUGUUUAAAAUGAAAAAUUACACUGUAUACCUUUUAGUUAAGUAUAAUGUUCAUAUAUAAAAACCACUACUUUUAACUGUCUGUUCAACUAGUUCGUAUGAGUACAAUCUUUUUUUAAAAGCGUAGCCCUAACAUAACCUCAUCAGAUAUGUAUUAUUCUAUUUGAGCUUUUUGAAUCAAAUUUUCUGAAAACACACAACCCACAUCUCAGUAAAACUCAUAUAGUUUCAUCUUUGAGCUCAGAAUUUAAAAAUGUAACUAUAAUAAUAAUUUAUACUGUACAGGUAGUUGUUGUGUACAUAAUGUAUUAUAAUGGUACUAUUAUUAUUAUAAACUCAUCACCUGGACAUUUUAUUGCAGGGAAGUAGUGUUAUACGUCCAGUGGCCUUCAAGCCGGGUUCAAUGAGAUUCACCGACAACGGAGAAAGAUAUGGCUCCACGCCUAUUCUCACCAGAUCCUCGCACAGACAUCUGUACGGCAGUAAGUAAUAAUAAUUUUCCCGAAUACACUGUAUAUUAUUCAUACUAUAUACUUAUAGGUAGGUACGUAAUAAUGUAAGCGCGUUAUAAAAUUAUUAACUCCGAAAAUAAAACUUAUAUCAGGGGCAGAUUUGAUUCGUCUUCUAAGGGGGAGCAAUAUCUUUUUGGUCCAAAAAUUAUACUUUUAACUAUUUACCAUGUAACGUGGUCAGAGGUGACCCGUUAAACAUAAAAUAUUCAUGGAAAAGAGUAGAUUCUUUUGAAAAAAAAAAGCCGCGAUUGUAAUUUAUUAACACAUUUUGAACUUCUGUACAGAUUUGAGAUUUCUGAAAUAAAUUAUUAUUUAUAGGUAGGUAGUUUGAUGUCUAGGGGGGAAAGGCCCCUACGACUGCCCCUCCCUAAAAGCCACGCCUGACUUGUAUAAAGGCUAUAUCCGUGAAAUCGAUUAUUUAUUAAUCUGUGUACAAAAACUCAUCCAGUUAACUUUCAACAUGGAUAGUUAAACUGACGGCUAAAUGGGUGAAAAUCUGCAGCGCGUUCCUUAAAUCACGAUUAGUAAUCGGAUUGAAGAUCGCAUUAAUUAGGUUACUUAAAAGAAAAAAAAAUGAUCCGAACAUAUUAAAAAUCUCCGCGGCGUUUUUUCGCGCUCACGUGUCGUUUUGUCGGAUCGGCGAUAGUGUAUUUUUUAAUUUUUCCAUCCUAUAUAUUAUAUAAGAUAACGUAUUAAUAUAUAGUUCCGGACGUGGUGGAUUUGAUAAAACGGUAAAUUAUAGACACCUGCGCUGGAAUCACGCCGAGCGCCUCAUCGCGUGCAGACCGGAACAUAUUAUAAUAAUGUAUAACAACCGGUUCGAUCGGCCACGGGCAUCCCAUAAAAUAUAAUACAAUUAUACAUCGACAAUUAAUUUACGAUUUAUUUGCUCGUUUAAGGCGUUUUAAUUGUAGGUGUACCGCAAAAACGCGAGUAAUUUAUACAUUACCUGUAGGUACUGCCGGUCCUAAACUGUUCUAUAUACCAGCCGAUUACAUUAUAGUGUCUAAUAAAUAUCGGACGUAUUCUAUUCUCUACCUUUUCUUCUUCCUCUACGGGGUUGGCUAUGUUAUACUUUUAUUUUCGCCCUAUCUAUGGCCAUUUCUCCAUUUACUCCAAAGUCCACUUCGCAUAUGGUCUCGAAUUUCCCCUAUAAUAACCACUAAUCACGACUAGCCACUUUUUCUUCGGCCUACCUCCCUACCUGGCUUUCAUUCAGCUCACCUAAACUGUCUUAUCGUUUCUCGUCCUUCUCUCAAAACGCCCAUUUUAAACACACAGCUUUUACCCGUAAACAUUGAUUGUAUUUUUAUUAUCUAUUUUGUCCGACGAAAAUUAAAUCGAUUAAAACCGAUUUAACCAAACUCACGAUUUUAGUUUUCUAAUAAUUACGUUUAAAUUAGCUAUUAAAUUUGUAUAAUAUGUUAGGUACCAAUGAACUCCAUCAUCAGUCGUUGAAACCAAAUAUGAUAUCCUCCGGCACUUUAGACCGAAAACUACGGUCGGCGUCUCCAAUGGUCAUGUCAUCGUUGCCGGCACAGACCAGCUGCAAAUUUCGGCUGGGACAACAAGACGAUUUCAAGUCAUCCUCUUCAUACAGUUCCUACAGAGAUUACCGACCCAGGUAAAAAUUAAAACGGUUUGGUUUUCAAUAUUUUAAUAUAUACUACAAUAUUAUUAACGUGGGUUAUUGUUUUUAGUUCAAAGUCGUUCGCGAGGCUCAACAAACGGUGUUCGGCGUCCGAAGGGUCGGCUAGUUUAUUAGACUUAACACCCUCACCGUCCGAAUCAACAAUGUUGUCCGAAAUGGAAACGGUACUAAAAGACAGGGACCGUGAACUGAGGCAUCUCCGACAAACGAUGGAACACAACGAACAAGUGAUAUUCAGAGUGUAUCAAGAGAAGGAAAACGCGUGGGAAAGAGAAUUGAGAAGAAUCAAAGCGAUGGGUGACAACCGACUUAAAACGGCCGCGCAAAAGUCAUUAAAGCUGGAACAGAUGCUCAUGAUGCAGACGUACAAGGUAAAUUCAAUAAUGAAACCGUUCUCGAAAUGUUUUCAUGUUUUUGUUUUUAAUAAGCUAAUUGUAUACACACUUGUAAUACAAUUAUUUACGAACAAUUUAUUAUCAUUACGAAACAUAUUCAUAAUUAUGAUAUCUCUUGGAUCAGUUACAGGACGAGAAAAAGAGAUUGCAAGAACAAAACGACCAAUUCGCCUCCGAGACAAUGGACUUGAAAAAAGAAUUAGACGAGUUGAAGGUUAGGCUCGAGGAAACCGAAUGGGGUCUCUGUCAGAAGUCCGGUGAACUGGCUCAUGUCAAAUCACAACUAAAAGAUACUCAAGUAAACGUUCGACUAAUAAAUACCACUAUAUUGUCUCGUAAUCAUACUGGAUAUUAUAUUGUUAGCAAUAAUUUUUAGAGCGAUCUUACGGCGAAAGGACACGAAGUGAUUACAUUGAAAUCCGAGAUCCGAGACCUGUUGCAAAAGCUUGAAACGAAGGAACGCCGCGAACUCGAAGGGAAAUGUCCGGAAAGGUACGGUGACGAUGACGGAAACGACAAUCGUCACGACAAUAGAUCGCAGACAGACACCCUCUAUUCGCUGGUCGGACGACUUAAUGAACAGGUAUCGGAUCACAAAUACGAUUUAGAACGUUUAUUGAUACGAAAGCAGUGCGCACGAAUUUUGGUUCUCAUAUUACGUCCAUAUUAUACCCUAUACUCUAACCGGCGUUUUGCCUACAAAUUGCAAAACAAAUGUUGUUAUAGAUUGUAGUAUUCUAAUUAUUUAUCAUUGUGUCAUUUUUGGAUUUACCUUGAAUUGUACCAGUAAUCUGAAUUUUUGGUAAAAAGCUUAAAUUUCGAGGGAGGAGGUCCAGAUCCCAUAGACCACCCCCCCUUCUUCUGGCUACACUUGUCUAACCUCUAACUACUCCUAAAAACGGGGAAAACGAAUAAUCGAACACCUAUUGAAUAGCCCCUUCCACUUAAAUGUGUAUGGGCACAUUUCAGCCAAAUCAAUGACAUGCAGAGGUCUGAAAAUUUACAUACAGAAGUAAAUGAACAGGCGUGUGUAUGCGCAUCUCAAAAUUGAAUUUCAACACUAUCUACAAGUUGCCCUAGGACCUAAGGUAACUUGUAGAUUGUGUUUGGUUUUAUUGGAAUGCAAAUCGAUAUUUUUAAUGAUUUGUGGGUUACUUUGGUGACUUGGUUAGUGGUGACAGAGUCGAAAAAACAGAUAGUAUUAGUUUGGUUAUCAUGGACAAGGAAUUGUACUUAAUAAAUUACCGGGCGACAACGAAUAACUGUGAUAGAAAAUGGGAUGGAAACGGAGGGUCACGUUUUUAUUUUGUUUGAGUAUAAUAUUGUGCACGGGAAACGAUUUUGCAUAAUAUUUACAAAGGACUCGCGUUUCAAUAAAUCUAAGGGAUGCGAUUCCCGGAGUAUGUUCGAUUGUUUAAAAUAUGUAUUUUUUUGUUUUCUUGAAUCGCCUCUUAUACACCUUGCCUUUAUCGCGUUGCGCAAGAUCGCACAUCUCCCCUUUAUCCAGUUCUUGUCAAGCUUCCAUCUAUGCUAUUAAUCGGCCACUAUUAAUAAUUGUAUACCAUAGUAAUAAUAUGUCUUCUUGAUUAUAAAUCGCAUCGUUUGUCUUUCUCUCGUGAAUGCAGGUGGAAAACGAGCUGAGCAAAUCGAACAAAUUGUCAGAACGGUACAACAAGAACGAUGACCCAUCGUCGUCGGUGCCGGAGAAAGAAACGGCGGAAGCCGAUACGGAGUUGGACCGGUUCAGGGAGCUAGAACGGCACACGGCCCGGCUGAUCCGGGUGCUGAACGAGGAGCGUAGGAACUGGGACCAGGAGAGGCUCAAGUGGUUCCAGGAAAAGGAGAAAGUGUUGUGUUACCAGAGACAGUUACAAAUGAACUACGUGCAAAUGUUCAGAAGGACGCAGGCGUUCGAGGCCCAAAUCGAGAGCCUGACCGUCCAAAUGAACGUGUGCUCGGACCAUUGUACCGCGACCGGCAAAAACGCCACCAGGAACAAAGCGGUCAAGACUACCGUAAACGCCAUUAAACUAUGAACAAAAUCAAUAAUUAUUGAUGUGCUUGUGUUGUCUAUGCGUGUGGAAUUUUAAUUACCAUUUAUUAUUAUUAUUAUUAUUUUUAUUUUAAUUGUCUUCUUUUUUUUUUUAUUAUUAUUAUUAUUAUUUUUGACUUACGAUUUGCUCUCUAUUAUCUCUAUUUCUCCUGAGAAAAUUAUACACAUAUUAUAUUAUAAUUUACAUUUAUUAUAUUAAUAUAAUCACAAAUUAUACAUCAAAUAUCAUUUUAUAUUAUUAAGAGUGCAAAUAUGAACAUGAUAACACGAGUUUAUUAUUAAAUAUUUUAUAAUAUCAUUACGUUUGUAUGUGUGUGAAUUGACAUUUGUACACAACUAAAUAUAUCUAAUUGUUAUUCGUUUAUUGUAAUUAUUAAACAUUGAUGUGGUUUUUUAUUUUUGAAUGUAGCGAAGAACCUAAGAUACUAAGCUUUGUGUUUAGUUGCGGAAAACGUUUUUCAGUUUUUAAAAAUACUCCGAAUUGUUCACAUCACACGUCCGGACUUUUUGACGGGUGGUACUUUAUUUGAUAAAUAUUUCUAGAUUCCCCAAGGAAUCUCUUAAAAAUUCAAAAAAAACGACAGCAAAACAAUGACG